GCAGCCGCCGCCGCCGCCGCCGCCUCAGCCUGAGCCUCAGCCGCCGCUCUGAGGCGGCGCGAGCUGGCGCAGUCGCCGUUCGCGUCGGGCGGCGGGAGGGAGGGGGGCGGCGGGCGUCGAGCUCGGUGAGGCGGCGCCGCGGCUGCUGCAGCUGCUGCCGCCGCCUGAGGAGAAGCACGGAAGGGAGGCCGCCGGCGGGAGCCGCGAGGGCGAGAGGAGGGCAGCGAUGGCGGCGGCGGCGUCCGUCGGCUGACCCGGCCUCUCGCCUUUGGGCCGGUGGGCCCGGCGCCCGCCUGAGGGGAGCCAUGUCGAACGCGGGGACCCGGAGGGCCGGAUCCAGCAUCAAAGUUCGCCUCACAGGUAAGGAGGGAAGGCGGAGGCGCUCCUCGGCCUCCUCCUCCUCCGGCGCCGGCGCCGCCGCCAUCCCGCCCCGCUGCGGGUCAGCCCCCGGCCCGCCGCUGCUUCUCUCGGGCGGGCAAGGGGAGAAGCCCGGCAAUGCGAGGCCGGAGGAAGAAGGCGAGACUCCAGAGAGCGGGGAGCCUCGGGGUCUUUUCUCUCUCCCCGCAAAGUCUUAGGAGCAGCAGCCUUUUUUGUGGCAGGUCAGGGCUGCUCUGCCACCACCUGAAAAUCCUCCCUCGAACUUGUUUUGUGCUGGGAUUGAGAAGAGCCAUAGCCCAUUGACAAAAAAUAUGUGCUUAAAUACACUAAUGGUAUCCAAUAUGUCAUGGGAAAAUAGUUUUGGAUUGAAUGUUCACAUGGCAGUGAUGGCCAUUAUCUCUCUCUCCCCCCCCCCCCCCGCAAUCUUUCACUUUUUCAUUUUUCACUUCAAUUCCCUUCUAAUUCCUAUACCUCCCCUCUACUGUACACAAGGCGGAUUACAGCAACAAAGCAGAAGCGACAAAGAACACACACACACCUUAUAAUAGUAAGUAGGUUAGGAAUUGCUCCAUCCUUCUCUUGUUUCUCUCCCAUCGCCCCUGAUUUUCUUUUGGGAAGAAGAAAAGGUGUGUGCACACAGGGGGACUCUUGAUUCUUCUCCAUUCCUCUCUCCCCCCCUCCAUUUUGGGUAUGGAUGCUGAAUGUCCCUUGCUGGGAAUGACAAGUGGGGGAAGAAUGCUGUUACACGCAGGUCCUGCUUCUGAGCUGCCCACCGGUGUCUGCUUGCCCACUGUAAGUACGGGAUAUGGGACAGUACACUACAGAUGGGCAUUCCAACCCUGCAAGAAAGCUCAACUAAGCUGUGGGGUUGCUGUACUUCCUUCCCUCUUCUCCACUUCAUUCCUUCACAGUUCUCCCCAUUGGAGCUUUGCAGGAUGACUCUUAGGGGGAAAGGCAGAAUUCUAGCCUAAACCUCUUGCAGUUUAUAGGAAGCAGGUAAACUUGUUUUUGUUUCUGUUGAGUCAAUAAGGCGUAUUAAGGAUUAGGUGCUUUUUUCUUGGGAUUCUGUAGAACUGGAGCGCUUUGGAAGCCAUUCCUCUUUUGAAAGGCCAUUGCAUAGCAGUCUUGGAUUUAGCGGCAGUUCCUUAUUUCAGAAUGCUUCUGUUUUCUUCAUGUCUGACAAAAUCAGUUUAUACCCAGCUAUUAUGUGCAGACACCAAAGAGAGUCUCCUUUUGAAAAUUGGAUUUGGCCAGCCAGACUUUUGGGGGGCCUGAAGGGAAGGUUGGGUUUCAUUAAAGACUUGUUGGGAUGGGCACCUCAAGAAUUGUGUUGGUUAAAAUAGUUAAAGUGAUUCUUAAUGUGGAUUUGCAAGCUGUAUUUGCAAGGGAUUGCAGCUUUGGGUUUUCCUACUGAGAGCUACUUCUCAUAUCAUGAGGAGGCAACAGGGUUCAAAAUUAGCAGGUCGCCAGGCGCAUUUCGCACCUAAAGUUUCUCCAUUUGCGAGCACCUCAAAUAGUCUGGGUGCCAUUUUUUGUGCCUGGUUGACUCUCAAGGAUUCAGGAAAUGUAUGUGCUUUGAAGUCUCGAAGUAUAUGUUAUGGUUAGACAAUAUGUUAAGGAGUGUAACAAUAAAGAGUAGAGUAUAUUGAAAAUCCAAGUAUGGUACCAAUAUUUUUAUUGCAAACGCCAAAUUAAACAUGUAUUAACAAUUUCUGUUAAAAUGUGAUAUUAACAAUGUCACUUAUGUGAAUUGCGUAUUAGUCAUGCUUAUAAAUAAAAAGUGUUACUGACCCUCCAAAUGGCGACUAGACAUUCUGUUUUGGCACCCACAACCCAGGUCCCAGGAGCCAUUUGGCUCCUAGCUUUUCUAUCCCAGUUUCUAACACUGGGAGGCAAGUAUGUAUUUCAAAAUAGAAAUAUGUGGUGGAGAAAAAGCUCUAAAUAUUAAGAAGUUAUUUACUGAAACAGAAAUUCCAUGGUUUGAAUAAGAUACAGGUGAAAGUUAGAAAUUCCUUCCCUUUCAUUUGUUUUCUUGUUGUUAAUCCUGUGAACUGUCCUGAGACCUGCGGGUAUAUGGCGGUAUACAUUUUUUUAAAAAAACCUAUUUUGUCUUAACAGCAACUCUUGUUCCGUUUUUUGUUUCACACUUGUUGCAUUGCAUAAUUUGAUUUUUUUACUAUUGUGUUCCUCAAAGAUAGCCUUUCUGUCGAGCUCUGAGUUCUAACCAUUAGAGCCACUAUGCCCACACCUUUUCUAUAAGGCUACUGUAUCUGUGUUGAACUUGUGUAUUUUCUUCAACAUGUAGUAAUCUCCCGUUGAAACUUUGUCUGCUGUGGCUAUUUUGAGAGCUGGUGUACAGUGACUAAGAACUGUGAACCAGGUCUCUGGUUAAUAUAUUUAUUCAUCUAUGAAUUUCCUAUGUGGCAUUAGGUCAGGCAUGGGAACCUGUUGAUCUCGCAGAGUGUACUAUAACUCCUACAAUUCCUAACCAUUGCUCAUUCUUGCUGGGGCUGAUGGGGUGGAAUAUCCUCUGGAGGAUAGAUGGGCUGUAAGAAGGCAUUGUUUUCCAUUCUUUGCUGCAGUUGGUGCUUGUACCACUGCUUUUGUUUCGCUGCAGUUCAUCUGAUUCUCCCAAAACCCAGUGUUUGUUGUGAUGAAAUUAUGUAGCUUAUUUAAUUUAUGUAGUUAUUCUCAUUGUUAUUUGGUUAUUUCAAUGCAAAAGAAACCAUGCAAAUUGGGGAGGGGGAGAGGAAGUAAUCAAUUAUGUAACAUUUGCAGACUCAACCCAGCAACAGCAGUGAAUGCUGAUCGUAUUCGCUGGUUUGAUUUCUGUUCCAGACAUGGGAUGAAUAAGUGGCCAUUGGCAAUUUCCGCUCCUGUUUCCUUUUUUUGACAUCCCUACUGGAGGACCUCAAAUUCUUCAUCUUUGCUCACUGUAGGCAAACUACUCUCUUUCAGUUGUUCUGUUUGUUUCUGCAAUAUAGAAAUGAUAACACUGACAUACCUUAAAGAAUUAUUGCAAGGAUUACUGACAACAUAUGUGAAAUGCUUUUAUGUAAUUACUUAUUAAUAAAUAAAUGCUGCAUGUAACCAUGGCAGGGUGUGUGUGUCCUGUGUAGUUUUCAGAGUUCAUGCAGUUUUCUGCACAGAUGUAAUACACAUAUGUGAAAUGCGUGAACUAGCCAUUGGAAUCUAGACAGUGUUCAACUUCCUGUCUGUCACCUCCCUCCCCUUUCCAACAAAACUUAAAAUUCCCCAAGAGAGUGUCUACUGAUCCUAUCAAAAGAUGACUGGCAACGGCCUUGAUAGAUUGUUCCUGUGGGGAAUUGCCUGCCUCCAAGCCCUGUAUCCUAGAGAGUCUUGCCAAAUGUAGUUCAGAAAUCAGCUUCUCCUUAUUUGUGUGUUCUGCCUAGUAGUGAAUCCACUUCUGUCAGAAAAUUAAUCUUCCCAUUUACCAAUGUACAUUUUAAUAGUAGUAGUAGUAGUAGUAGUAGUAGUAGUAGAAAUCAUCCAGUAGGGGAGGUCCUGUGCUGCGUUUGUUUUUUCUGGAGUGGUCUGUGGUCUCUGGUGCAUGGUUCCCCCCCAGACCCUGGGGGCCUGCUCUUUUCUUGCUAGCCGGGGCCCGGUAGGCUCGGGGUGUGAUUCCUUGUGGCCUCCCUGGUCCUCCCAGUACCCUCCGACCUCUCUCCCUUGGUGGCAGUAGCAGUGACAGCGGCAACGGUAACACCAGUGUACAUUUUGAAGAAAACUGUUCAGUAUCUGGCAGUGAUUUAUUGUAUUUUUUGCCUGUUUUGCUUUCUUUUAAUGAACUACAUGUUAACAUUUUUAUAGCUCAGAUAAUGAUUCCGCAAAUAUGUGACAUACUAUUUGCUUUGUGACUUUUCUUUGUCUCAGUAAUCUUUUAACACAUUCUUUUUUCAAAAGUAAAACCAUAUUGCAAAUGCAAAUUGCUUCUCCGAAGGGAGAAAAAAUGAUAAAAACUUUCAAAAUACGUAGAAGUCAUUAUGUUCGCAUGUAUCCUUUGCUUUUCUCUUACUUCCUGUCCUGCUGUUAUAUGGCUUUUUUCUGUUGUACAGUCUCUUAGAUAUCGUAUUUAGGAUUGCAGUCUGAAGUCAAAUAAGCGUUGUGAUUAUACAAAACACUUUGGGUAAGAGCCAAUAUAAUGUUAGUGUAUGAAGUGAGAGAAGUAGCAUUGUUGCAGAAGUAGCAGAACAGGGCAAAAAAGUACAGUAUAUGAUUCAUCACUUCUGCAUCACUUUUACUGGCCCAGGCUACCCAUUGAAUUUGACUGUUGCACUGUGUUAAGAAUGGGGUUCUAAGUAGCAGAAUGGCUAUUUUUGCUACUGGGCUGCAACAAUUGGAUCUUGCCCAUAAUGUACACAAACAGUAAAGCUGAAGUUUUUUAAAAAAUAGAAUUUUGGGUAUUAUAAAUAUUGGGUACUCUAUGCAGACUCACGUAGACAGAGAGGGUUGUGCCAUAAGGAGCUUACAGUCAAAGUGAAUCUAGCAAGGGAAAGCAGGAGUCAAGGGUCACAAUAUGAGUAUUUACAUGUGCUUAGGCUUGAAAUUGGUGAUAUCAUGAAAAUUUGACGUUGCCAAAACAUUUGGACCAUUGGACUACUUACUGAGUACUACAUACUUAACAAGCCAUGGCUUUCUAGGAUCUCAGCCAGAAUGCAAGGAAGUGUGUCUCAUAGCCUGGCAGGGUAGGUUAGGAGGUGGCUUUCCACCACAAGAAACCCCUUUAGCCAAGGGGUGAAGAAUCUCAGACCCUUUGGCUUUCUGGCCCUCAGCAUUCUUUCUGAGCCAGGUCCCCUCUCCAGGCCUCAUCCCUCCUAAGCACUCCUCAGGUGCUUUUGCCAGGCUAGAGUGUAUCCUAGAACUGUGAUGUUGCUUGUUGUAUAGAGGAAAGAGGUGCUUCCAUUGCUUUCACCCACUUUUGUCUUCAGACGUGGACACGACUGAUAUGUGGUCCCGUGAAGGUUCCCCAUGAGAGAAUGAGACCCUUGGGCUGAAAAUAGUUCCCCACCCCUCGUCAACUGGAGGUGCCAGAGACUGAACUUGGGGUCUUCGUGCAAAGCAUAUGCUCCACCUCAGCUAUUGCUGCUCCUAAUUCCACUUAAGGAAUUCCAACUAGUUGCUUAUAAAUUAAUAUGACUACAGUGGGGUUGACGCCUGGAUUUUUAAAUAUUUUCAAAGCAUUUCCUUAUUGAAGUAUGUUAAUGAAUGAAUCUUUACAAGCACUGCCUUUCACGUUGGGUUUUGCUCAUUGAGAUCAAGGACACUUUUCUUUUGAAAGGUGCUUAAGUUGUUUAUGAAACCAGUUGUGUGCUGAUACUCGUGUCUUUGCUUUCAGUGGUCACCACUGUCACCAUAAUUAUGCAGACGUGAUUGGAGAGACUGUGGUUAAUAGAAUUCUAUGGCUUGUGUAAACGCAGCAGCAAUAAUUUAUUGAGACCUUCAGGCUUUUCAGUCUUGGUAAAGCAAAUCCAACACUUUAAACUUUUAUAAAACAAAACAAAACAAAACAUUGUCAUGGUAUAAUAUGCUACAACUUAAGUGUUUAGCAUGCUGCAGAAUGGUUUAAAAUAGCUGUUGCUCCCUUUUGAUUACAGUAGAGCAAAUUUCCAACAUUUAUUCAGAUACCCAUGGUUGAUGUCUUCUGUGGAAUUCUGUGAUCUGACUGUUAAAGCAAAGUGUUAAAUAUAGUAUUGCUCCUGUGACUAAUUUCAUAGCUUAACUGGAGAUGAACCAUCUGGAUAUGCAUUAAACUAAACCAAUGUGCAGAUUUUUUUUAUGAUGAAGAUAGAGAUUGAAAUAUCACAUUGCAAAUUAAAGGUGAUUCUUUCCUUGCCACCCCGUAUUUUUUGCUCCUAUUAUGCAUGCCAAGAAAUCAUUGGCUUAUAUAUCUUUUCCCCCGCUUACAUAUUUUUCUCUUUCAGUAGAUAAGAUUUAAGCAUUAUUAGGGUGUAUGUAUAGUUGUGUUCCUCUCAGUAAUGUAUACUGUGUUGACAUGAGAAGAUAGAGUCAUGAAGGGUAAACUGUGUAGAUCUGCCCUAAGUAAUCAAAUAGAAAGGAGGAAUAAAAAUAACUAGAUUGGAGAUUAAGGCUGUGUUUCUCAAACAUUAUACAGCCUGUAUUGAGAGAGAGGGUGGGGGGGUUUGGAUAAUUAGAAGCAUCUGAAGUAUUCAUUAAUUAUCCAAACAAACAAAAACACAAUUCCUUCCUAGUAUGUUUGAACUUGUAGGAAUUGUCUGCUUUUCUUGUGCAGAAAAAUAGCUCUUAUCGUUUUUUAAAAAGGUAAUCAAGGGCAGCUUUUUUUAUUUAAAAAAAGGGCUGUGGCUUGUGUGCUAUCCCCUGUUUACUUUUGAUGAGUAAAGCCAAUGCUGAAAAGUUAAUUCACUGAUCAAUGACACUAACAUUGAUUGGCCCAGGCAACUUUGUGUGUCUUUUUCAGUAACAACACAGUGACAACAGGCUAUUCAUCUUAUCUAAAAUGUUACAUGCAUAAUAAAUUUGUUUCUUUAAAAAAUAUAGUUGUUCUUUUAUAAACAUACAAACAAUAAAAAAACGGAUCAUUCUGAUAGAAAGUAGCAAGAAAUCAGUAUCAUUGAUGUAUGGACAAGGUCAUUACAAUAAGGUGGUACAAGGAAAUAGGUCUGGGAGAUAUAUUUGUUUUUCGCCUUUUCGUUAUGUGUAGACACACUCUAGUCAGUGUAUUUUGCUAAAACUGAAAAACAUUCUGAACAGAUAAGUUUUGACUUCAGCAAAUCAUUUUAUUUCUUAAUUACAUAUGCACAGUGGAAAUAGCUUUGGCUUACUGACUGGUCAGGUGGCUUACUGACUGGUCUGGGUAAGAGGACACAGCCUUGCUGUGUAUCUUACUAGUAUUUGGAUGGAGGUCUCUUUAGUAACUAAUUGCCUAAAAUGUUACUUUAUUCCUUUGAUAGGAAAUGUGGAAGUGUACUACUUUUAUGUGUUGAAAUGUCUAAAAACAAAUUAUUAUAUACAGUAAUUGAUAAAUGCUAUCUACUAUGUUCAUUAACUUUGUUUCCAAAGAAGUGCUGUAUCUUAGCUUUGAAUAACAAAACACUUGAUAGUAUUAUAUGGAAACAAGGAAGAAAGUACGGUAAUUUCCCACAUGCGGAACUAAUAAGGAAAUGUUUUAAAUACCACAUGCUGUAUUUGUGUUCUCUGUAUAAGAGAAUACCGAUACGAGUAAUACAGGAGUAAUACCUGGAUCAGAUGGUUAGUGACUUUGUUUGAGAAUCUGUUAAACUCUAGAGCAGAAUAGUUCUGUGUUACCUUUGCCCACUAAUGUUUAAUCGCGUUAGAGGCCAGAACUUACGGUAUGUUGGCUUAUGUCAAGGGCAAAGCAAGUGCAGCAGACACAAAUCCUUCAGGCUGCUUGAUUCAUAGCUGACCGAGUGGCAUUAAGAGAAAGCUUUCCGUUUUGUAAGAUACUGGUUGGGAUCCAAAAUGCUAUGGCACACGUUCAUGUGUUUGGAUGGGGCAUUAACUAAGGGUUUAUGUUUCUCAAACAGCAGCCUCUUUCCCCAGGUCACAUAGGAACCACUUUUGAAAGUGUAGUUUGUGAUAAGGCAUAAGAAUCUAUUGUUCAGAACCCACUGCACAUAAAAAUAACCAUGUUGGAUCCCAACUGCUAGAUUAACUAAUGCAGAUUGAUUUAUGCACUUAUUUGUAAUGUGCAUAAACAAAUCCAUUAUUGUUACAGAUACUGAAAUAAUACACAAAGGGUGUGGUGGUAACAGCUGUGUUCACCUCGGUUGCAGCUGAAAGGAAUUCUCUCUGGAUCAGGCGUGCCUGUAGCAUCUUGUGCCAUGAACUAGAAAGACCUUUUGCUGGCUAUUGUCUUGUGGUUCAGAUGGAGAUCUUGUUGUGCUAAAGCUAUGAAGGUUCCUUUAACUUUGAUGUGAUAAUCUUUCACUAUUCUUGGUGUCAAAUUUGCUGCAAAAUGCCAUGAUGAAUGAUCUUCCAAGACUAUAUUAUUGUAGAACCUGAACUGUGAAUUCUCAGGACUAGUGUGUUGUUGCUUAUGUUUUUGUAUUCUCUGGUAAUGAUGUCAUUCAAAUUAGAUAAUAUCAAAUAGAAGUAAAACCUAUGUUAAGUGACAAAGAGAAAUGGUAAUACUCCUGCAAUAAGUGGAAUUAUUUAAGGGGAAAUUGUUUAGUGUAUAGACUAUAGCAGAGAGAUGCCGGCACCCAUGUACACUAGAACAACUGCAUACAGAAACAGUGUAAUUUGUUUUAUUAAAUGGACUACCUCUUAAGUUUCAAAUAACUCAUAGCAAAAUGUUAGGAUGGGGGAGAAAUGACUGGUGAAAAGUAUUAUAAAACACGAGUAGGCAACCUCAGACCUGGGGGCCAAAUGUAGCUCCCUGGGACUCUGUCCCGAGGCCCCACCCUUCACCAGCCCUGCUCCAUGCCUUCUCUGAGUGUUUUCCCCUGACUGGAAUGUAGGAUAUUGCUUGCCUGGGUGAAGAAGGGUGUGUGUACAAACUCUGGCUUUUGAAUGACUGCAGGUUAGGUAAGAGUUUCAUCUAUUGCUCUGCCCACUUUCUUCUCUGGCCUUGCCUACCACUGGCAUUUGUCUCCCAGAAAGUUGGCCUUGGAGGAAUAUGGACUUCGGGCUGAAAAAGCUUUGACAACAAGUGGGAAACCUGUCUGAUAGUCCUUAAUAUGGUAAUUCAGGAAGCUCUUUGCAGACUGACUGACAAUGCAGCUAAGUCCUAGUGCAUUCAGUGGGACUUAUUCCCAAAUGAGUGUGUGUAAGUUUGCAAUCUAACUUAUCUCAAAUUGCCUCAAAGCCCCAUGACAAAUAAACUGCCCAUUCUCUCUCUGAAAAUGCAAAUCUCAGCAGUUUUCUGAAUGUACCUAUAGCACUAACUCAUGGAUUCAUCCUUUGAAAGAUAAAGAGCAGAAGUAAAGAAAAAUAUGAUGGUUCUUACAUUAGCCAAGAUAAAGAUUAACUUUAGAUGACUGAUUAGUAUGUAUACUUCUUUUCUUUUAGUGGUCAAUGAAAGUAUCUACCCAAGAGUGAUUUGCAAAGUUUUAAGAGAGACAGUUUCUCAGUCCAGAAAUUGGGAAGCCCAUGAGACAGAUACGUAUGGGCUCUACCAAAGGGUCUAUGUGAGUCUUUUGAUGGUACAUGGGAAUAUGCACCCUCAUCUGAGGCCAUGAGCUAUUUGUCCCUUUCUCCAGUUCUAGAUAGGUUCAAAUGAUGCCUGUGGCUUUAUAGCUGUCAAAAUGAGAAUGCGGCUCUGGUCUUUCAUAUGUGUUCAUGGAAGGAUGGAGUCCAGGAAGAUCUGUGAAAAAGCAUAAACUGUAUGUGCCUAGGUAGUGCUUGGUGAUGACCACAAAUAGCCAUCUGUUCAGUGUGCUAUAAUAAUAUCCCCGAUUCAUAACAAUUUGUGACUGAAAUAUUUAAGGAAAUUUAUGUUGCACCUAGGCUUUAAUUAUAAUUUAGUCUUCAACCCACAUGUUACAGCAUAAAUGUAUAUGCUUUAUUAUAGUUAGGAAGAUGCAUAUAUGUACAACUCUGAUUUAUGGCAGGUGUGGAGACCAAUCUUGCGUAGACAUCUGUGACAGUAAAACUUAAAUGAAUUCUACCUGGUCUUCUCAGUACUGUAGUUGUGCAAGGUGGCUACUUGUCUAGUCUGAUACAAUGUCUGAUACAGUGUGAGCAGUCAAACCAGGAAGGCAUUUAACCAAUUUCCUAUGUCAUCAGAGCCAGUAAACUAUAGUUAAUCAGCUUCAGAACAAGCCAGAAUCCCAAUUCACUGUUUGAAGGAGAUUUUGGAUUGUUUUGAAGCUGGUAACAAUGGCUAUCAAUUUGGAUGAAAACUGAUGCAAAAGAUUGUUGAUGGAAACCUGAACUACUUAAUUAAAAAAAAAAUUAUUGCAGUCCUAAGUGCAUUUACUGAGCUCAGUGAGACAUACUCUAGUUAGCAUAAAUAGCAAGGAAUUUAAGAACUAAAUUUGUUGCUCAACUCAGAAUGUUUUUUUCUGCUUUUUGUUCUGUUAGGGCUAAUAACUAAACAAAAUUAUUAUUACCCACUUUAGCAGAGGCAUGCUUAAGAUAGUAUCAAAUGUGUCUCUUCUCAGUCUCUUGGGUUGUUGAGCUUUUGCUGUCAACAGAAGAUUUUUGUUUGUUUGUUUCUCUUGUCAAGCCAUCCUCUUUAUAUAUUUAAUGGAGAUUAACCAUGGAGAAUUACUCCUCUGCUUGUCCUGCUCUGUUGUGCAGCAGUGCUUGACUGAAAUGUAAGAAAAGGUGAGGUUCAGGCUGUACUCUGGGAAACACAGAACUCUGAGGUUGCUGCAGCAAUGAACAGGCUGAAACUGAGCCCUUGUAUAGUAAUAGCAGCAGGUGCAGCAUAAUUGUUAGCAACCCCUAUGUUGCAAGUUGCUGCUUGAUGUAAAGGGGUCCAGCCUCCUCCAGUAGUUUCUAACUGUGAUACAGAAGUGGUGGCACAAGUUGUCAUGGGUCUUCUAUAGUGAAGUCCUUGGAGCCAGAGGAUGCCAGUGCUACAUCCUCUGUCUAGAGGCAGGGGGUGCUGGUCCUGCAGCUUCCUUGGGUAGAAGCACUUCUACAUGCCCUUCUCCUUCAGGUUUGGAGUCCUUGCCACCACACCUGACUCCUGGUCAGAGGCGGAGUUAGCGGCUCUGGCACCCAGAGCGGCGCACAUGCUGUGCCUGCAGGGCGGGGUUAAUCGCCCACGGUGAGCGGCGAGUGUCCCGGGGUGUGUGUGUGCUGCCCGUGGUGAGCGUCCCAGGGGGGCAAUGUCACCCCCCCUCAGGGAUGACACCUGGGGCAGACUGCACCCACCGCAUCCUCCUUCCUCUGCCAGUGCUCCUGGUCCCUGACACGUGUGUGUGUGUGUGUGUGUGUGUGUGUGUGUGUAUGCCACUGGAGAAACCAUGAUAUGCACCAAACAGCCUGGAAUCCGAAACAUUUCCUGAGUUGAAGUCUGAUCAAGUUGGAGCACUUCACUUCCAAACUAAACCAGAGCAGAUCUGAAAACUAUUCCAAGAUGAUUGAGAAAGAAGAGACGAGGGAGAAUGAAUUUUAAAAAAAGUUACAUAGAAAGCAACAUUUUGAUUUUUAUCUAAAUGAGAAUGAAUUUAGAAGUUCUCAGAUGAUAAUUGCAAGUACAUCAAUACCAGUCUUUUUGUCAUAGUAAGGGCUUGGAAAACCCAUUCAUACUGUCCCUUAGUUAGAUUUGGAACAAAAUUCCAAAGGAAUUUCCUCUCCAAAUUUGAGAAUUUUCUGUAUAGUCACAGUAAUUGUUUCUAUUACCCUCUUCCCAAAAUUUACCAGUGUCGGACAUUGUAUGAACAUGUGUUUUAAAGAAGCAUUGUUCAUCCCUAUUACAUCUCCAUCAGCUAGAUGUCUUAAAUAGCCCUUUCCUAAACAUAGUGGAGUCCAGAAAAUUCUAAGUACAGUCGUACCUUGGAAGUCAAACGGAAUCUGUUCUGGAAGUCUGUUUGACUUAAAAAACGUUCGGGAAUCAAGGUGCAGCUCCUGCAGCCAAUCAGAAGCUGUGUCAGAUGUUCGGGUUCCAAAAAACAUUCGUAAACCGGAACACUCACUUCUGGGUUUGCGGGGUUUGGGCACCAAAAUGUUCGAGUCCCAAGGUAGGACUGUUAUUCUUUUGUUGUAAGAGUCCUAGUCUAAAGUCCAGAGACAUCCUUGUUAUAUAGAAUUUAGCACAGUUACCCAUUGCUCUUCCCUCCUAAAAUGAUUACUCUAUAGCCUUUCCAGGUUUCAUUAUAGAAUGUAGCCUAAUAGCCUUAAAUGGCCUCUUUCAGUUGUCUCCGUGACUAAAAUGACAACCUGCAGCUUAAGGUUGCACUCCAAGCCAGGGAAUUGUCAAGUCUCAUAAUAAAUGAGCUGAGAAGGCAUUAAAUAUUUUAACAUUUCAUGGUGAUACAAGAUAAAGCUUGGGAUUUUAUCAGUGCUGUUGUGUUAUGCCUGAGUGUCCUAAAUCUUCAGUUUGGUUGUGAGCAAGAAGAAUGGGCACAAAUAUUAUAGAUCAAAUACCGGUAGUUCAAAACCAGCAAGUGAAUAUUGGCAGACUAUAAUCCUAGUGGAUAACUAACUAUGGUAGUAGCCAAAAACCUUUUCCACUGGGAAUGUUCCACAGUCCAACACUUUUGUAUGCUUUCUUAUACUAGAGCUUGGAUAAUAUGCAUGCAUAUAUAUGUCUGUGUGUUUUGUCAGUCAGCUCUGGUGUCUGUCAGUGUAGGUCUGUGUAAACAGAGUAUUAAUUCAAAUUUGAAGUCAUUAACUUGGCUGUUGAAAUAAUGCUGUCAUAUUUGAGGAACAAAAGUACAACACAUAGACUGACACAGCUUCAGUUUGAAUAAAAGCCCUCUUUCAUAAUAGUGUGUGCUGUUAACUCUGCUACCUUAUAAUCUGUGUAGUUGAUUCUGACUGAGAUUCAAAACUCCUUGGGAUAGUGUUUCUUUAGGUGUAAAGUUGUAAAAUAUAGCUGAAAUGCAGACUGUAAAGAACAGUUGUUUAAGGACAGAAAUAUUCUGUUUGUUCUAGCAUAGAACUUGUAGAAUAUCUUUUGAAUGGGCAGGAUAACCCUGUUACAGAUUGUAUUGGUAGAACCAUUUGCCACCCACUGACUUGGACAUUCACUCUUUCCAAUUAGCUAAGUACUCCAUACCCCCCUGUUUUUCAAAAGCCAAGCCAUAGACCUCCUAUUUUGAAAUUUUCUUUGUGGUAGUUUUUGUUAUGUUAAUGGUGCCACAGGCCCCCUGUGUCCACGGACCACCAGUUGGGAACCACUGUUCAAGAUGAAGAACAAUACACUUCAGUUGUGCUAUAUCUUUGUGGAGCAACUGUUGGGAAUUGUUUUUGAUCAAUCAGUUUAAUAGCAUAACAGUUUGGAAGGCUUUUCUUUCACAAUGUUUCUCCCAGUGGAGAGAGGUAGAAAGUGGAGUCCCCCAAGGAUCCAUAUUGGGACUGGGCUUUUUUUAACUUGUCCAGAAUUAGGGGUUCCGAGUAAAAUGCAAGGAAGUGUAAUUUCACAUUGCUGCUGCUGCUGUCUUGGGAGACAAUGGAGGAAUGCACUGGUGUGUGUGUGUGUGUGUGUGUGUGUGUGAGGUCAAGCUGUUGGAUGGUUGCAGCUACCCUCAUUCUGACCAUAGAAUCAUAUUGGACAGCUAAAUGAAGCUAUUAGCCCAGCUGCUGCAGUUUGUGGAAUCUGAUAUGAAGUAUACCUGAAACUGAUAUAAGGGGAAAAUUGGAAGGUUAAAGAGUUUCUUGAACUGCAUAGCUGUUGAUUACUCAAUGUGUAGAUCUCAGAAUGCAUUUUCACUCCAGUCGUUUUCAUAUAGUAGAAAGUGCUUGUUACUAAAGAUGUUGGUGUCAGGAUUAAAAUGCUGACCAAAGUUAAUGAUGUGGUAAUAGUGUAGAACUAGGACUUGGGAAGCAAUCAGAUUUCAACUCUGUCCCAGAUUUUGUCUGUGACCUUGGGCAGUGCAUGCCGAUCCUUCAUUUCAUUGGCCUGUAUGGGUGGUUGUGCAGCAUUGCAUUGAAUUACAGCUUUCAGUAAGCUGGAAGCCUUAGACAUGCAAAAACAUUUUUGGCAGGUGAAAUUCAGCAUGGAAUCUCAGUUAUGCGUGCUCGUGGGAGGAAGGACACAAUUCUCCAUACUUGGAGUUUGAUUCUUUGUUAUGCAAGCAUUUAAAGCAGCUUGCUCUUAAAAAAUGAUUCCAUGGAACUUUCCCUAAACUCUAACAUGGUUUAUUGAAUAACAAAGGGGUUGCUCUCAUGCAGUUGAAGAAAGUGAAUAAUUAACAAGUAUAUCCCUAGCUGCAUGUGAAAUAAACUGUUCCACAGGGAAAAUCCUCUCAGUAGUGCUCUGAGGAAGCCCAGGAGGAGUGCACUUUAGAAGUCUGGGUUCAGUUUGUAUUUCUGAUGCAUUUCUUUGCUGCCUAACUUCAUUGCACUCUAAAGAUAGCUUUGUUUCAUUAAAAGGGACAAUAGAUUAGGUUAUAAAAAUGUCUAAUACAUAGUCAAAUGGGACCACAACAACUUCUGCCCUUAUUUCAUGGUCUAGGUUUUUUUUUAAUGAUAUAGGCAGUUCAAUCAGGCACUGUUAAGGGACAAAGAUCAAAUAGGGUUAUUUGAGAUCUAUGGGUAUAGGGCGUAGUAGUAGUAGUAGUAGUAAUAAUAAUAAUAAUAAUAAUAAUAAUAAUAAUAAUUUUAUCCAGCCCAUCUGGCUGGGUUUCCCCAGCCACUCUGGGCGGUUUCCAACAAAUCUUCCAACAAAAGAUUAAAAAUACACUAAAAUGUCAAACUUCCCUAAUCAGGGAAGCAUGACUGAAUCGCAACUGGCACACAGAGGACUGUGAUGAGUGCCAGAGCGCACGGAAACGCUGUUUACUUUCCCGUCGCAGCAGUACCUAUUUAUCUACUGGUGUGCUUUCGAACUGCUAGGUUUUCAGAAGCUGGGACAGAGCAACAGGAGCUCACCCCAUCAAGUAGAUUUGAACCGCCGAUCUUCCAACUGGCAGGUGCAAGAGGCUCAGUGGUUUAGACCACAGCGCCACCCGUGUCCCCUUUACCUACGCUGAUAUAUGACGAUUUCUGAAAUAAGGAUGGAGCUAUGUAGAGGCAUUGGCUGGUUUCACUGUUUUUCCCACAUUGCAAUUUUAGCAUAGCACACACACAUCAUAAUUCACAAUAUAUUGCCAGGUCAAAAAUUAUGAAACCGAUAUCACAAUAUUGACUUCAAACCAGUUUUGGGUGAUAUAUUGUUAUAUCUCCCAACCCUAGUCAUAUCCAUGUGGUUUUGUAUUAAUUUCUUGCAGCAAAAUUUCAAAAAUUGUAUUAAUUUCUUGCAGAAAAUAGGAUUUAAUAGGUGCAUUCCUGACAAACAUAAAGAUCUUGACCUACUCUACUGGGUGGGUUUUGUGGCAAAACAUUGACAUUGGUUUACAAGUGAGCUGAUGGGAAAUGCAGUUAGGAUGAAAUAAUUUUAUGCAGCAACUGCUGCUGCUUGUUUUAUUUGGAGAAGGGGAGCUGUUAAAAAUAAAUAAAUUCUGUUUCGAACAUGUGAGUAUUUUACCUGUAGUGGAAUGUUGUAUAGCCAGUCAUAUGUGUUCAUGAAUGAAAUAGUUACUGUUGUUGCAAUGGUGCUAGGGCAUUCAGAGUACAUUAGACGCACCGCCCCAUAGGACGCACCUAGUUUUUAUGGGGGGGGGGGGAAUAAAGAAAAAAAAUAUAUUUCCCCCCCAGGUGCGGGGCUGGCGCGGGGGAAGCCCGAGCUUCCCCAGCCCCCAGAACACCCUGCUAUCUGCAAGCCUAGGGAGCCGCGCUGUCUCCCCAGGCUUGCGGACAGCUGCGUGAAGCCCGGGUGCGCUCUUCAGCGCGCCCCAGGCUUCGGAAUACAGGCAGCUCUGCGCAACCCUUUGGAGCCUGGCGCGGCUUCGUGCCGGGCUCCGUAGGGUCGCGUAGAGCUGAGCGACCCCCGGGAGCGCAGGCAGCUCUGCGCGACCCUUCGGAGCCCGGCGCUGCUUCGAGCCGGUCUCCCAAGGGUUGCGCAGAGCUUCUUGAAGCCUGGAGAGGGAGAGGGGUCGGUGCUCGCUCUCCAGGCUUCAGCGAAAGCCUGCAUUUGCCCCAUAGGACGCACACACAUUUCCCCUUCAUUUUUGGAGGGGAAAAAGUGCGUCCUAUAGGGCGAAAAAUACGGUAUAUAUCAUACAAAAUCAUGUGACUGAUCUUGGGGCAGUGUGCCAUGGGAUUUAAUGCAGCAUAUGGCAUGCAGCUUCAGUCUCCGGGUUUUCUCUAAAUAAUAUUCAACUGUUUUGGAGAAGGAGCUCAGUUGUAAUCAUUGUACUUGCUAUUUAAGCAAGUGUUUGUGACCACCACUUUGAGCUGUACAGUGCUACUGUACAGAUUUUUGACUCAGAACACAGAAAUAGCUUUGGGAAUAUAGCUUUUUGUUGUGUGUAGCACUGCUAGAAAAGAUUUUUCCUCCUAAAUAGGUCACUGAUGAUCCCUGAGUUGGGGGAAUUGUAUGUUAUGCAGAUUUGAAAGCCAUUAAAGGAAGUUUUGAUGUACUGAGAUAGCUUCAACUGAGAUUAAGGAGCAAGAGACUUAGGGAAAACUAAAAAUAAACAUUUCUUGGAAUGUAAUGAGGAAGUGCAACAAAUAAAACAUCUUUAGGUGAAAGAUUGCAAAGAGGAUAAAAAAUAAUGCUGAAGUAUUUUCAGCAUAUUCCUUAGUUUUCUCUUUUGAAAGUAAGAAUAGGUGAUUUUUCUGUUUUGAGUUUCCCAUAUAUUAAUUUUUUCUUGAAGUAAUUUAAUGUUAACUUCCAACAGGGACGCGGGUGGCGCUGUGGGUAAAACCUCAGCGCCUAGGACUUGCCGAUCGCAUGGUCGGCGGUUCGAAUCCCCGCGGCGGGGUGAGCUCCCGUCGUUCGGUUCCAGCUCCUGCCCACCUAGCAGUUUGAAAGCACAAUUAAGUGCAAGUAGAUAAAUAGGUACCACUUUCUAGCGGGAAGGUAAACGGCGUUCCGUGUGCUGCUCUGGUGCUGGCUCGCCAGCUGUAGCUUCGUCACGCUGGCCACGUGACCCGGAAGUGUCUCCGGACAGCGCUGGCUCCCGGCCUCUAGAAUGAGAUGAGCGCACAACCCUAGAGUCUGGCAAGACUGGCCCGUACGGGCAGGGGUACCUUUACCUUUUACCAAAUUUUCCACUAUCGAACUUCCACCUAGUAAAUAUAAAUGAAGCAUGGUAAGCACACCUAAUGCUGUGGCAACUUUCAAAUAUUUCUUUGAAUUUGGAGUUGUAAGCAUAUACUAGGUAGUGAAAUUUCAGUGGCUAAGAAGGUGGGGGAGAGUAAUUUGAGAUAAAGUCUAUCAUCUGCUUGAUAUAUUCAUGGUGCCACAGCUAUUUCCAUGCAUCUAAGGAUUUCCCCCACCUUACAAUGAGCCCCCACCCAAAGAAGCCACAUGGCAAACAAGUAGCUUAUGACUUGACACAAAAUAGAUGCUGGUGAAAUCUACAUACAUAUAAAAAACUGUUCUGAAAAUGCUUUUUUUAAAGCGUUUUUUAAAAAUGCAUUGAAUUUUCUAUAAGGCUCACCAUCGCUAUCUAGUUUCACAUUGUAUAUUGCACCUAAAAUACUCAGCUGUGUAGCUGAGUCCUUAGAGAAGCAUAUGAAGCUGCUACUGAAUUCUCAAAUAGAAUGCUUUAAGGAUCUAUUUUGUGGAAAUAGUAUUAUUUUCACAUGCGAUCUUUAAACAGUAGUUCUUGAAAAAACAUUUAUCAAACUUGGAUAUUAAGUGUGUAUGUAGGACGUACUAUUGAAGAGGUAUUUAGCUGGCCUUAAGGCUGCUGCAAAAGGGGAAUGGCUCCAUUUUUGAACGUUUUGGCUCCUGAACUCUGAAAACCUGGAAGUAAAUGCUCCAGUUUUUGAACAUUUUUCGGAACCCGAACAUCCAACGCGGCUUCCACUUGAGUGAAAGAAGCUCUUACAACCAGUCGGAAGCCGCGCCUUGGUUGUCAAACGUUUUGGAAGUCGAAUGGUCUUCUGGAACGGAUUACAUUCGGCAACUGAGGCUUGACUGUACUAGUAACUUGAGAAAGCUAGUGCAGUUUCACCAAGGUGGAAGAUGCUGCAGGAGAAAUAUUCAGAAAUGUAUGAAUCUAUCAACAAAAUUAAUGAAGAGAAUAGGAUUUAAUUUGCAUCUUGAAAUAUUCCACCCACGGCUUUAUAUUUCCUGUAAACUUUAAGAACUGGGGUGGGAGUGGUGAGUGGCUGGCCAGCGUAAACCCAGGAAUAUUGACAUCGUCUAGAAAAGCUCUUGCUUCUCUCCUCUCAUUGCUGUUUACUUCCAAAGCAGUGGGACAAAUAAAAUUACCCUUAUGUGCUCACUGUUAAAAAAAACAUUUAAGUCUGUUUACUAGAUUUCCUGUGUCACGAAGUGCUACAAAUUCUGAUAAUUUCUUCUCAUUGAUUUAAUAAUCUUGUUGGUGAUAGCUGUACCACUCCAGUUCCAGAACAAAACUCUUAAUUGUCCUUUCCAAAAAUUAUCUCUUCCUAUUCUUCCAUUGACCGCAGGACCUUCCAGCUUUUGUUUAUUUAAAAAAUCUAGCACCUUUUAUCUUUUAUUGCCUCAGCAAUGCAAAUAAGCAAAUAAAUCCACAUCAUGUGUUGGAUCACACAACUGCACUACUUAUUUGUUGCUUGGAUGGUUAAAAAGGAAGAAGUGUUCUCCCAUCUUAUAAAAGCUUCUCUGCAUAGUGGCUGUAGUGGCCAUUACUUCCUUUAAACAUUUUAAAGUCACUUUCGGAGGCCACCUGUUUUGACUUGGGUCUUCUCCUACUCCCCAUAGCUCCUGGCAGCCACUACCCUCUGUUGCAUUCAACUAUCAGUGAUUUUCAAACUUCCCUUUCUAAUUGUCUGUCAGAGAUGCACUGUGCAUUGCAGAGAUUUCUUGUGUCAUGGUGUUUCAUCAGCACUUUAUGCUGAGUAGACAGUGCACCCUGGAUGAAUCUUUACCUUCAACUGGUGGGUCAGGUGUGGUCACCCUAAUUUGUGCCGCAACAGCAUCACUAUUGCCAGACAAAUGGGUCCACAAAUGCAUGUUUGUGUUAAAGGUGAGUGGUUCUGAACAGACUACUGUACUGCCCCAGAAUAUACUCCUGUGGCUGCACUUUAUUGUUGGGGAAGGCAUUGCAGAGAAGAUGGCUUUCCAUUACUAGUCUUGUUGAAAAAUCCUUUAAGAUGUUGAGCAACCUCAGAACAUUUUGCAAACCACUGUAUCAGGGAAGGUACCACCAGAGCCAAGAGAAUGCCAGCAUGGUUAACAAGCAGAGUCAAAGAAGCCAUUAUAGGCAAGAAGGCCUCUUUUAGAAAAUGGAAGGUUGUCCAUACGAGGAGAGUGAAAAGGAGCACAAAUUUUGGCAAAAGAAAUGCAAGCAGGCAUGAAAGCUACUUGAGAGGGCCAAGGCAGUGUAGCUGCAGAAGCUGAUUAUGGCUGAUUCCAGUGGGGUUGCAGACCUGAGAUUGAGCAGAAGUGACCAAGACAGAGUCAGUCCCAAUCUCUCACUUGUGUUCUUCAAGCGACUUUCUCCUUCAGGUUCAUAGAAUAUCAAGAGACCUUCUCCACGGCAAAUUGGAUCAGGGCUUUCAGUGUGAUUAGGGAAUGGCGUCCCUGUUGAAAUGCAACAGGAAGCCACUAUUUGUAGUUCCUGGAGAAAAUUGGCAACAUUUUUGUUUCAACAAGCUUUUCUAGCCGUAUGGGGGUGGGUAGGAGGUGGAAGUGUAAAUUUGUGACUUGGAUUUGUAUCCCAUUUAAAACUAUUUUGUUUUUGUUGUAUGCUUGUAAAUCACCUUGAAAUUUAUAUGAAAGUAAAUUCAUAAAACCAAUAAAUAAAAUUGGCUAACUCUUGGUCAGUUGUUGAGAGAAUCUGAACAAAAUAAUUGACAGUACAGUGGUACCUCUGGUUACGUAUUUAAUUCGUUCCAGAAGUCCAUUCUCAACCUGAAACUGCUCGUAACAUGAGGCACGGUUUUGCUAAUGGCAUCUCCUGCUGCUGCUGUGCGACUUCUGCUCACAUCCCGGGGCAAAGGUCGCAACCGGGAGCAUCUACUUCCAGGUUAGUGGAGCUCGUAACCCUAAGCGUUCGCAAGGGAGACGGUAUAUAACACGAGGUUCCACUGUACAAUUAUCAUUGUGCAGUACCUCAAUUGAACCUGAGAGUAUCCAAAUAUUAUAAUAUAUUGCCAUUUCUUCCAAAAAUGCUAUUUUCUGUAAAACUAAGAGAAGACCCUAGAUUUUGUUUUAAAAGACAGUUUUGUAGUACUUGAAUAUGUUCUGAUAACUAGGGCAAAAGCUUUGGUUUGUGACCAGCUGAGAGCAAAGUAAGAUGAUGGCAGCAGUCUUAUUUGUUUAAAGAUCUGUCCUAAGUAUGUAUAAUGCUGUGUGCAUGCUAAAUGCUUCCCUGCCCACAAUUUGGCUCUCUUCAGUUUGCUAGUCUUGCUGUUUGUCAUUUUAGCCAAGCUCUGGUGAACUCAGUUGAAGAUAACUAUUUUGUGGGAAUCUAUGAGGAAGUAAGUGACAAGCAGGGAGGAAUUUCAGUUCCCCUCAACCCUGCAUCCCAUUUCUUUAAAAUGCUCUCCUCUGCACACAAAGAGGCAGGACCAGACAGCAGAAAUGUGUCAUCACUUUUAAUAAGGAGAAGAGGCAGUAGAUACUUAAAGGCCCUUGCCCAUUCUGGACCUUUCCCCAUCAAGCAAGUCCGCCUUGGUUGUUGAAUGCCAGAUUAACCCACAAUUAAACAAUACUGACCCACAACUUGAUUGUGGAUGAGAGUGCUGACAUGGUGUGCGUUACCCGAGACCCAGUAAUAUUGAUAAAACAUCAGCAACUUUUAAAAAUAUUUGUCUGACUAGGCUAAUCUGGAGAAAAUUGUUUGUGUAUGAAACCUUCAUGUUCAGGCUCCUGUGUACAUGCACCCCCCUAAAGUCAUUUAAUUGAAGGCUCACUAGGACUAAGAUUAUAUCUAAUUCUAAACUAUCAAGGAAAGGAAAAUGUAAAAGUUCAUAAUACACUUCAUAGGUCAGAGAAUUAAUAAUACUGUGUUUUGUACAAUGUCUUACUAACAUAUCUUUUUAAAUGUGAAGAGAGAAUUCUUAACUGGAAGCUAUUUUAGAUUCUCUCAACUUGUGUCCAGUUAUGCAAGUUUCACUAUUAAGACUAAUGUAAUAAUGUACAAGUUAUUGGGUCAGGAGACAGGGUGUGGUGUAUUUUGUGUGUGUGUACUGCAGGGAUUGGUGUAUGUUUUGCAUUUGCAUUUUUAAAAAUCCGGCCAACCAUUGUAAGGAGAAAUUCUGUUCACACUGCCUUCUGCUUGACUACUACUAAAUUGCUGUCUUUUUGUUUUAAUACAGUAUUGUUAACUGAAAGUAGUCUCAGAAGCCAAGUGCUGCAUGCAAGCUCUUUGUUUCUUGGUACUUCAUUUGUAAUUGGAUGCAAAUCUUUUUCUGGAUUAAAGUCUUGCCACUUUGCUCUCUCUGAGCAUUAUCCUCCACUUCUACUUCAUCCUUACUCUUUCUUUUAACCACAACACACGUGUGCAAUAUAUAAGUAAAAUAAUGCAUUGAAUGGAGACUGUGCAUGGCACCAAGCAUUGUACCAAUUCACGAGGCAUCAUAGAGUACAAGUGGCAUCAUAUAGUUUUGUAUAUUGCCCAGUUAGCACACAUUUUUACUGGUUGCUGUGCAAAAAUAAUUGUGUCCCUCCAAUAACUGGAAGUUAAAUGUAUUGGACAAUGUAUACAAUUUUCUGUUCAUCAUGCUAAUAUGUUCAAAUUUUCUGUUAUAUUCAUAUUAAUCUCAAACUUACACUUUCCCAUUUGCACAUGCACACUCUUUUUUAUAUACACACUAAUUAAUGCAAGAAGUUGUGUUUUGAAAUUGUGUUCCUGACCUUCCAUAACCAUCUAGUUAACUAUUCCAACAAAAAUCCUAUACUCCCUUUUAUUGUAUUUUCAUACAAAAAUAUUUUUAGCUGACUUUUGUGCAAAUGUCUGUAUGCUGGUUCAUGGCUGUUUCAUGAAGGUGAUUGUGCAUGCCCAGGUUUUUUUUUAGAGAUGAGGGAAAACAACCCAGAGCCAUCAAAUAAAAACUGUGUUGGGAGAAGCCAUGAGGAUGAGCACUAAGAUCAUGAUCAACAGGAUGGAAAUAUAAUGAACAGAUUUUCUGCACUUUUAACCAAUGCUGCCGACUACUGAAUGCUCAUAUCCCCUUUUCGUUUCUCAGUAAUUCUAUAUCAAACUACUAUCAAUGGGGAAUGGCAUUAGGAGUGAAUUGAUGCUUCAGAAUUUUAUAUUGGGAUUUGUUAUUGACAUGUUUGUAUUAUUUUUGUUUAGAAUUUUAAAAUACUUGUGGAAUUCAUUAAUAAUAAUAAUAAUAAUUAAUAAUAAUAAUAGUAGUAGUAGUAGUAAAAUAUAUUAUUUAUACCCUGCCCAUCUGGCUGGGCUUCCCCAGCCACUCCGGGUGGCUUCUAACAAAAUAUUAAAAUACAAUAGUCUGUCAGACAUUAAAAGCUUCCCUAAGCAAGGCUGCCUUCAGAUGUCUCCUAAAAGUCUGGUAGUUGUAUUUUUCUCUCUGACAUCUGGUGGGAGGGUGUUCCACAGGGCAGGUGCCACCACCGAGAAGGCCGUCUGCCUGGUUCCCUGUAACUUGGCUUCUCGCAGUGAGGGAACAGCCAGAAGGCCCUCGGCACUGGACCUUUGAAAAGCAUAUGAAAACUGUGGAAAUAAAUAUUACAAUGUCAUUUUGCUCAAUGUAGUCCGGAAUUCUGGAAUCCAUAUUGCAUGUACCAGUAUUCAAGGAUACUUAUUUUAGAACUCUUGUGCAGUGUUUUCUAAAUUUGUUUCUUUUUAUGUAUCUUGCAUUGCUUCUCGGACCCUUAACUCAGUAGUCUAUGCUAGGAUUACUUGUUUAGUACUAGUAGAAUGGCUGUGCCUGUGUAUUACACAGAAAGUACUCUACUCUUAAGUCUUCAGCUUGCUGACAUAGAGGUUACAUUUCCAGCAGCAGCUGUUGAGGUUGUGGAAAUCUAAUUAAAUCAGUCAAGCAGAAACAGUGGAAAUAUGAAUAUUAAGAUAUGUCAGCAUACAGAGGGAAAAUAAUAGCAUUAUAAGAGAAGUUUCUUUCAGCGUAUAUAUACAGGGAGCCUCUGAAUGAAUGCAGUCCUAGGGCAACUUUACAUGUGAUUAACAUGUUCUGAUCUAAAAGGAGAGGUGUUGUGCCAUGCUAAAAGCCAAUUUACACUUUUGGGGAAAGCACAUCAUGUGACUCUUCUGGAACAGUUCUGAAAGCAUGUCUCCCGUGUUAAAUUCCUUGUUUGUUGAAACUAGGUAAACCUUCCUGACAUUCUAGCUUUGUAUGGGCAGAAUGUCUUCCACCUGGGGUCAUAGAUUUAAAGAGUUGGAAGUAAGCCCAACUCCCUGCAAUGCAGGUAUCUCAAAUAGAUCAUACAUGACAGACGACCAUCCAACCUCUGCUUAAAAACCUCCAAGGAAGGAGAAUCCACCACAUCUCGUGAGAGUCUGUUCCACUUUUGAACUGCUCUUACUGUCAGAAAGUUCUUACUGAGGUUUAUUCAGAAUCUCAUUUCUUGUAACUUGGACACAUUGGUUUGGAUCCCAGCCUCUGGAGCAGAGGAAAACAAACCUGCUCCAUCCUCCAUAUGACAACAUUUAGAUAUUUGAAGAUGGCUGUCCUAUCUCCUCUCAGCCUCUCCACCAGGCCAAACAUACCCAAUUCCCUCAACAGUUCUACAUAAGGCUUGGUUUUCAGAUCUUUGAUUUUCUUGGCCGCCCUUCCGUGCAUACGUUCCCAACUUGUCAAUAUCCUUUUUGAAUGGUGGUGCCCAGAACUUGAUACGGUACUCCAGGUAUGAUCUGACCAAAGCGGAAUAGAGCGGUACUAUGUCUCCCCUUGAUCUGGACACGAGACUUCUGUUGAUACAGCCUAGAAUAGCAUUAGCUGCUUUUGUUUUGUUUUGUUUUGUUUUUUUGCUGCUGCUGCAUCAAAUGAUUCACUUUUCACAUGCACUACUGACAAGACUAGUGUCCCUCAUCUUAGAUUUGUGGAGCUGGUUCUUCCUGCCUAAGCGUAGAACCUUACAUUUAAUAAUAAUAAUAAUAAUAAUAAUAAUUUUCUUAAUACCCUGCCCUCCCUGGCUGAAACCAGAUUCAGGGUGGCUAACACCAAAUAUAUAAUACAUUAAAAACACAAAAAUCAAACAAUUAGUUUAAAAUACAAUUCAAAUCACAUUUAAAAACAAAAUAAAAUUAAGUGGGAACCCACAAAUCAUAACCGUAGGGGUAAGGAAUUAAAAGUUCACCAGGCCCAGCCACUCGUGCUGGUCCCAUAUGGGCCGAUAGAAAGAACCAAGGAGACCACUUACUACCAGGGACCCAUAGAAAGAAGGGGGUCAGACUGGGCCCAGACCAAAGGCCUGACAGAACAGCUCCGUCUUGCAGGCCCUGUGGAAAAAUGUCAAAUCCCACGUUGGCUUCCCCUCCCUGUGUAGUGGACGGUGCUGGACUAGGAGCUGGGAGACCCGGGUUCAAAUCACCACUCGGCCAUGAAGCCCUCUGGGUGACACUGGGUCAGUUGCGCUCUCUCAGCCUAACCUACUUCACAGAGUUGUGAGGAUAAAAUGGAGAGACGGAGAAGUGGGUACACCACCUUGCUUUCUUUGGAGAAAAGGUGUGAUAUAAAUGUGAUAGUAAAAUAGCAGUGGUAAUGCUACUGCUAAUGAAUUUGCAGUAAUCACAUUGUGUUCCUGGUGAAAGCAGCAGAUGUUGAGCUUUCUGUAUGCUGGACUUAGUGCAGCUUAAAGCCAAAUCUUUAGUGUGUGCUUCUUUUAGUUGUAAGAAAUAUCCCUCCCAAAGUGCACCUGUGCUCAGGAAGAAAAUAGUCGGCACCAAAUCUUAAGGAAGGUCCUUUCAUCAGUUUCCUUUUAAGUGUCUGUAUACAGUAUUUAUUGCCUUUGUUGACAAACACCUCACCAUAAUGAGAAAUCAUGAAAACGCUGAUAAAGCUGUCUUUAAAAGAUAUCAACCCAAUUUCCUAGAGUUGGAUGGUGGUGCACAGAUUCCUCAUGUCCCAGAAGUGGCCAACUAAGAAAAAUAACCCUAACACAAAAGACAAGCUAUCCUGGUAUCUUCAUAGUAAUAAAUUAGAUAAGGUUUGGGGGAAUGGGAACCCAAGCUAUGCAUUGUGAGAGUCCGUGAAAAAUAAUCUUCAUGUUUGAUCCUGCUAGUGGCUAAUCACAUUGUAUAUGUUCCUCAGUUGUACACUACAGUGAUACCUCGGGUUAAGAACUUCAUUCGUUCUGGAGGUCUGUUCUUAACCUGAGGUACCACUUUAGCUAAUUGGGCCUCCCACUGCCGCCACGCGAUUUCUGUUCUCAUCCUGAAGCAAAGUUUUUAACUCGAGGUACUAUUUCUGGAUUAGCAGAGUCUGUAACCUGAAGCAUCUGUAACCUGAGGGGUACCAUUGUAUACACUUUUCCCCUGCUUAAGUGGUUUGUAGUAAGAUAUGGGUAGAAUUUGAUAAGUUUUCCUCUUCUUUUUUUGUAGUGCUUUGUGCCAAGAACCUUGCAAAAAAAGAUUUCUUCAGUAAGUAGUUCUUAUACAAUUUUCCAUUUUUUUGUAUGCACCUUAAGCUAUUAUAUUGAUGGUAGUCCCUUUUUUUCCUCUUUGGGUGUCAUUUAAUGGUAGUUUCUCUGGAGCCAGAGCCAUAACUGUCUGAAAGUUAUUUUGUACAGACUAUGUAGCAGUGUGCUAUGUGCUGCCGCUUCUCCGGUGAGCUAGUUUCCUAAAAUUGGAUCUUGACCCCGAUAACCAUGGACAAAUAAUUUAAUUUCCAUCCACUCUUCCCUUCUUAUUCCUCUAACUCAGGAAUGGCAGUGUAAGGCCUGGUAAAUAUCUGCUCUUGUGACAUGGCAGUAUCAAGUCACAGUGAAUUAACAUGAGAAUUGGCUUGCUGUUUCAAAUGCACAUGGUCAAACAGCCUCUUUCCUUGAAGAAGCUUGGUGUGACAGAUGGAAACUCAUACAGUGCGGACUUGGGAAUGUUGCCUUAUCUGUAACAAGCCCUCACAUUUCAUGGAACAGAGAUGGGGAGCUUAACAGCCCUCCAUCUUCUAUCAGUCCCAGCCAAAAUAGUCAAUGAUCAGAAAUGAUGAGAGUUGUAGUCCACAGUCUCUGUGCUCCUGUCCCGAAAUUUCAGUUUACUAAUGAAGUGCUAUUCUAUGGAACUGUUUACACAUCAUGCUUUGGGGGGGAUUCUUUCCCCCUACUUCCAAGUGGACAAAAUCUUUUGCGGGGGAAAGCUUAUGUUCUAAACACUGCUGCCAGUGCCUGUAGUUUCAUUCCCCCACCGCCCAGUGAAAGCAGCCUAGCUGUUGGGUAUCAUUGUUCCUCCUGAAUGGGUUUUCAUGGUGAUUUUUUUCUUUCGAUUCUUUCCAGGGCUUCCUGACCCAUUUGCAAAGGUGGUGGUGGACGGUUCUGGUCAGUGCCACUCAACUGACACUGUGAAGAACACGCUAGAUCCCAAGUGGAACCAACACUAUGAUCUGUGAGUUAUCUGUUCUGUGAAGGGUAAAUCACAGAAUGGGUGUCCAGUCUGAAAAAGAGAGAGACUAUCUUAUGUCCAGCCUUAUGUUCAUCUGUUUAUUAAUUUUGAAAUUUUAUACCUCACCUUUCUGCCUUAUGGCUGGGCUUCAAGGUAAUUUUCUUUGUCGUUAGCCAUCUUGCCAUAAACGAGGUUUCUGAAAUAGCAAGUAAGAAGGCAGUGGUGACUGAAACAGGUAUGGUGCUCCAACUGCUGCUCUUACAAGGUUCUGCAGUGACUGCAUGAGAAAGUAUCCCCUCCCACAUAAGAUUUUGUUCCUGGUGCUGGAGCACUUCCUCUUGGGAACCGGCAGGAUAUAGUCUAUAUGACUCCUGGCUUUUCCUAGCAGCUGUUGCAGGGGAUGAGUGCAUGUCUGCUCCCCAGGCAUGAGUGCUAUGGAGUCAUGGCUCUGUUGAUAACUUGCAAGUCUUCACUCUCCCAGGCAUGCAUUGAAAUCUAAAUACUCCAGCCAGGGCCCAAAGGACUGUUUUAAGUGUGCCUAAGGGCUUGCACAUGCCUGGUGGAUUUUUGUUUUGUUUUUGUUUUUACUCUUCUUGAAGGAAAAGAGCCAUAUGUCAUUUUGGAAUAUAUUAUUGAAAGUCCCUUCUGUUUCAGAAACGGCUUGCCAUAAGGGUUUUUUACUUUUAUUUUUAGAAACCAGAUUGCUCUUGGGUGCAAAGAGUGAGUGGCUCUUUGGAGCCUAUCUAUAUACUGAUAGCUUCACUUGUCCUGUCUAGUAAGAUUAAACCCACAGUGUAUUGAUGGAGUCACUCUGCCUCCCUCCUUGAAUUCUGUCUCCAUACCCUAAUGAGCUCGGCGCUCCCCAGUUUGUAAUAAGGUUGUCUGUAAUUAACAAGAGCUGCUGCAUUAUCACUUUAGCACGCUGUGUAAAAUUAUAGCCAUCUAAUGAAUAAUUACGUUUCUAUAUUUGAUAAAGUUGCGACGUGACCAAUGAAUUAUUAAAAUGAGCUCGGUUUUCAUGGACAUAAAUGCUAUGCCAUAGCAAAGAAUAAACCUCAACCAAGUAUCUUUCUCAAACUGAUUAUCCUAGAUAUGUUGGGAAAUCGGAUUCUAUCACCAUCAGUGUCUGGAACCACAAGAAAAUACACAAAAAGCAGGGAGCUGGCUUCCUGGGGUGUGUUCGACUCCUUUCCAAUGCCAUCAGUAGGCUAAAAGAUACUGGAUGUAAGCAUGUAAUACUUACUCAGUGUUUGCUGUGAUUGACAGUGACUUGUGUCUGAGUACUGAAUGUCGAUUGCCAGCUGAGUACACUCUUGGGUCAAGUUUUUUUUUCCAAUUGUUCAUUUGCAGACCAGCGUUUGGAUCUAUGCAAACUAAACCCCACAGAUACCGAUGCAGUACGAGGCCAGAUAGUGGGUAAGAGGAAAACAUUCCUGUCUGCAUAGAUAACAAAAAUAGUAUCUCUUUCCUUCAGAGCCUUGGAUAUAGAGAGGUUCUCAAGUUCAAAAGUACUUUAUGUGAUGCUCUCUUCAGGAUUGGCAGCUUCAUCCAGUUCUAACUGUGUCUGCCUGGUGCUGAUUGGGGUUAGCCCCUUGGCAUGUGCAAAACCUAAGAGUUGCUGGUUUCUGGGUUCUGAGCAAGCUUCAAGGUGUAGGUGUCACUCUAAGCUCAAGUGCUAGGGACUUUAAAAGUGUCUUCCCCACAGAAACUUCCCAUCUUAAGAUCUGUUUGUUGGAAUGUCUCCUUUGUUGGAGACUCAAACCUAAUCAAAUAUACGGAGAGUGUCCUCGCUCAUGAAUUCACUCCCAUAGGAGACUUGCAUAGCCCAUUCACUUGCAGUUUUUAGAAAACAAAACUUUUAAAGUCACCUUGGGGCUUUUAAACAUAUGAAAUGUUGUAGUAUUGUGAGAAUGUUCAGUGGCAGCUAUAAAGCGGUAGACUUUAUAAUUGAUAGUCUACUGCAGGCUUCUUCAACCUCGGCCCUCCAGAUAUUUUGAGACUAUAAUUCCCAUCAUCCCUGACCACUGGUCCUGCUAGCUAGGGAUCAUGGCAGUUGUAGGCCAAAAACAUCUGGAGGGCCAAGGUUGAGGAAGCCUGCAGUAGACUAUCAAUUAUUCCAGGGUGAGUAGCUUGUCAGAUCUCUCACUCCAGCUGCUCUGAGACAGGAAAUUUCUUUCAGUGAGAAGCAUGUAAAUUUUGGGGGGCAGUGAUUGGCAACUGGCUUUGCCACUGGGUGGGAUUUGUUUUGUCCAAUGUUAGUAUGGUGUUUAAUGUGCAAGUGAAGUUGCUGCAUUCUGACUUGGAUUGCAUGCUCAGCAUUCUGUAGGCUGUUGCUCUGUCUUGCUGUCUGGAAAGCAUGUUUGGAAAACCAUGGAUGUGAGAAACUGUCUUUUUCUGAAAGAAGAAAUGCAUAACAGGCAAAAAAAAGAUGCUCCAUUUUAGAAUGCCGCCUAGUGGCAAAUGUUCUGCUUUCCAACAGUUUUGAGAGGCAAAUAUCUGUUUAUGCAGAAUCCUUCACAUUUUUAUCCAAAGUAGAGUAUUUCUUAUUAGAAAAACAUCAAAGCCUAGGUUAUGUGUUAUUUUUAAUUUGUAGAAGUAGAAAUAAUUAUUUGCACAUUUAGCACAUUUUGAAUAGCAGAAUUAGAGCGCAAUCCUAUGUAUGUAUACUCAGGAGUAAACCACAAUGAAUUCAGUGAGACUUAGUCUCAUUUAAGGACUGUAGCCUUAAAUGGCUGUUUUCUUAAGGAGUAUCACAUUAUGAUUUAUGAAUGACAUUGUAUCAUCACAAUAUAAAAGUAUAAGGCAAUAGCCAACUAAGUCAUACCCUGGGUGGACUCACUGAAGUCAACUGAUGUAAUUUAAGUCUACUGAUUUCAGUGGGUCUGCUCUGAGUCUGUGUAUUAUCCAUAAUAACUCUAAAAACACCAAUCAAAAUACCUGGGGUGUUUACUGUUGUAAGGAGGGGUGAAAUCUUGAAUAUGCACGUGGAUUAUUAAAAGGUGUAGGAAUGCUUGCCAAAUUGAAUGAAGCCUCUCCAUUUGUGUUCCUUGCAUUUUAACUGGGGUUGAAUAGGUUUUUGCAUCUAUGGAUUUUAAUCAUGGCUUUCAUUUCUUUUUCUCAUUCCAGUCAGCUUACAGACACGGGACAGGAUAGGCACAGGAGGGUCUGUUGUAGAUUGCAGGGGGCUGCUGGAGAAUGAAGGGUAGGUAUUUCAUUUCCUAGUGGAAUCCCCUGGAUCUCCUGAUUCAUAGUCAUCUUACUCAGUUAAAUGAAUGAAUAAGAUCUGUAUUUUUGUUCUGGAGCAUGUUAAUUGUUAAGUAAACUUUUUUUAAAAAAAUGGAAGGAGUCAAAAUCUCAUUGAUUUUGUUAGCUAGGAGUUCAUUCUUAAGGUCUGCAAGUGAAACACAAAAUGGGGACUAGCAAUCGUGCCAACCUAGUCAACCUUGGUCAACUGUAAAAAGCAGGGAAGCUUCACUCUGGAAGGGCUGCAUCUUUGCCUUCAUCCUGGUAUAACUCAUCCUGCUCUGCUCACAAGUGACAGUCUCCCCUUGUCACAAUAUUGAAUCCAGAACAGAGGUUUCAUGGCUGACUCCUGACAGAAGAGUAUUGUGGCACAGAAAGCUGGAAGACAAGUGUAGGAACUUUCUCCAGCCCCUUGUUAGAGGAGAUCUGCUUAGUGCCUUCAAGACACUCUUACCUUGACAUAAGCCUUCUGAGACUGUCUUUUUCAGUGAUGAUCUAUGCUUGAAGUCCAGUUAUUUCCCUGAAUGAAAUUCCCCUAACAUUCUCUUAGGCUUGUGUGAAAUUUUCUAACUUUAUGAGCCUCCCUUAUUUCAGAACGGUUUACGAAGACUCAGGACCUGGAAGGCCACUGAGCUGUUACAUGGAGGAGCCAGCGCCAUACACAGACAGCACUGGAGCUGCUGGAGGAGGGAAUUGUAGAUUUGCGGAAUCCCCCAGUCAGGACCAGACACUCCAGGUGCAGCGUUUACGGACUCCUGAUGUGAGAGGCCAUGUACAAACCCCCCAAAAUAGGCCACAUGGUCAUCAGUCCCCAUCGCCUGACCUGCCUGAAGGCUAUGGUAAGAGGAGCAAUCUCUGAUACGUGUCCUAAGAAAUUCUAUUUGCGUGCAUUUGCAUGCUCUUCAGGCCAGAGGAGACAUUUUCAUCCAGUGCAGGAAAGCAAAGUUAAGAUUGGGUUUUCAGAAAACUCAUCUGGUCUGCAGAGAGGGUAGCUCUGAAAUGUUGUUGACUGCAUUUAAAUCUUUGGUAUGCAGUGGAGAGUUCAAGUGGUUGUGGGGUUGGGGUGUUCAGUAUCUGUAGAGCUCUGUCUCCCAGUCCUUUCCCCCCUAUCUAAUUUCCCUUCUUGCCCUUAGUCUGCAUAACUUAUUUGCAGCAAGGAGUUUCUGCGCAACACUUUGGAUCUCAUCUGCUGCCAUUAUAUUCCAAAUUAAGUCAUUUGAGAGAACAUAGAUUUCUUGCACAAUUCUACCUUGAUUGUGCAAUGUAACUGACCCCCACCCUCAAACACAAGUACAUAUACACACAGUAAAGGAAGUUAGAGAAAGUAGGGUCUGGUGAACUCUUAACCAUCACUCUUUAUUUUUGUACCUCUUUCAUUCCGUGUGAAACUGGGACACUUGUCCAAGUGACACGGUUUAGCUUAAAUACAUUACAAUAUUAUGUCUGGAGAAAACUCUUGUUCUAGGUUACUAAAGUGCAAACAGCUUUUAAUUGACCAGCUUGGGCAGCUGUAUUAUUAGCAAUCUAUCUUGCCUGCUUCAAGCAUCUGUGGGCAACCUGCCAUGUGGUUGCCCAAGUAGCAAAGGCCGAAGCAGUUUUACACUGGACAAGUGCAGAAGGUCCCAGGGGCAUAGCAACCUGAACUCCUGCCUGUCUCCUGUGCAGUGCUGCUUUCUGCUCCCCAGCUUAGCCAGCCAGACCAAGGGGUGCAGGGAGUAUGUAUUGCUGAAGUGGCACAGCCUCAUGCCUCCCCAUGCCUGCCCGAGGUUUAAAACCACCCUGUCAACUAUACAGUGGUGCCUCGCAAGACGAAAUUAAUUCGUUCCGCAAGUCUCUUCGUCUUGCGAGUUUUUCGUCUUGCGAUGCACGGUUUCCCAUAGGAAUGCAUUGAAAAUCAAUUAAUGCGUUCCUAGGGAAACCGCCUUCAGACCAGGUCCGGGGACAGUCUGUCCCCGGACCUCUUCUGAAGGCUGGGGGGCAAGGGCUUUUCUUCCCACCCCCAGCAUUUUAAAACCCGGGACAGCGGAGGACUUCUCCGCUGUCCGGGCGAUCUUAAAAUGCUGGCGGGCAGCAUUUUAAAAUCACCCCGGGACAGCGGAGGACUUCUCCGCUGUCCAGGGCAAUUUAAAAGCCCCAGGGAAGGCAGGCAGGGGGACAAAGACUUUUGCCCUCGCCAGCCUUCAGAAGAGGUCCUGGACCUCUUCUGAAGGCGGGCGGGGGCAAAGUCUUGCUCCCCGCCUUCAAAAGCCCUCCGGGACAGGCAGGCAGGGGGAGCAAAGACUUUCGCCCCGCCCGCCUUCAGAAGGUCUUCCUCCCCCCGCCCGGCUCGGAGCACCGCUCCGGGCCGGGCGGCGGCGGAGGUCUUCCCUCCCCCGCCCGGCUCGGGAGCACCGCCCGGGCCGGGCGGCGGCGGGAGGUGUUCCCUCCCCGCCCGGCUCGGAGCACCGUUCCGGCCGGGCGGCGGCGGGAGGUGUUCCCUCCCCGCCCGGCUCGGAGCACCGUUCCGAGCCGGGCGGCGGGGAGGUCUUCCCUCCCACCGCCCGGCCUGGAGCACCGUUCCGGGCCGGGCGGCGGGGAGGUCUUCCUCCCCCGCCCCGGCUCGGAGCACCGCUCCGGCCGGGCGGCGGCGGCAGGUGUUCCCUCCCCCGCCCGGCUUCGGAGCACCGCUCCGAGCCGGGCGGCGGGGAGGUCUUCCCUCCCCACCGCCCGGCUCGGAGCACCGCUCCGAGCCGGGCGGCGGCGGCAGGUGUUCCCUCCCCCGCCCGGCUCGGAGCACCGUUCCGGGCCGGGCGGCGGGGGAGGUCUUCCCUCCCCACCGCCCGGCUCGGAGCACCGCCCGGGCCGGGCGGCGGCGGCAGGUGUUCCCUCCCCCGCCCGGCUUCGGAGCACCGUCCCGAGCCGGGCGGCGGGGAGGUCUUCCCUCCCCACCGCCCGGCCGGAGCACCGUCCCGAGCCAGGCGGCGGCGGCAGGUGUUCCCUCCCCCGCCCGGCUCGGAGCACCGUUCCGGGCCGGGCGGCGGGGAGGUCUUCCCUCCCCACCGCCCGGCUCGGAGCACCGCUCCGAGCCGGGCGGCGGCGGCAGGUGUUCCCUCCCCCGCCCGGCUUCGGAGGAGCCUUCCGAGCCCGGCGGCGGCGGGAGGAGGUGUCCCCGCCCCGCCGCCAGGCUUCGGAGGAGGUCCGAGGACAGUGGGGAAGACGCGCUGCGCUUCCUCGCUGUCCCUGAGAUUUCCUAUGGGCUGUCGUCUUGCGAAGCAAGCCCAUAGGGAAAUUGCUUAUGAGCGCCUCCAAAACGGAAAACCCUUUCGUCUAGCGGGUUUUCCGUCUUGCGAGGCGUCUCGUCUUGCGGGGUACCACUGUAUUCAGUUUUUUUCUUGGAACUCCCCCGGUCUGUCUUGCUAGUUGUAAGUUUCCCUUUUAAGCACAUUUUCUGAUUUCUUCAUGAAGGUGUGGUUUGUUUUCCUUGGUUUUUCUUUUUGAGGUGGCAGGGUGAGUGAGUGGGUUUCAUUAUAUACUGGUCUGUAGUCAACAGGUAUUAUGACAGCACUGUUGGUGUUAUAUUCUGUCAUUUACUGCCUGCUGGCAAGUAUAUAUAUAUUUGGAUCAGGGGCCUGGGAUAACUAGUGGGAAGCAGAAAGGGAGUGCGGAUGCUUUGCAUGUUCAAAGACAAAUGAAAUCAUUUUAGUAGAUGUGCAGUUUCCCCCCAGCCUGGUGCCCCCCAGUUGUUGCUCCGUUGGCCACCCUGGCUGGGGUUGCUGGGAGAUGUAGUCCAGCAACAUUUGGAGGGCACCAGGUUGUACAAAGCUGAUGUAGCAGUUGCUCCCCAGAGUGUCAGAUGCUUACACAGGGCAUACACACAUUCACUGGUAACUAUUAGCUGUCUUCCAAAGGCUCAUGUCUCUUCACCCCCUUCCCAUCGCCCAGUAGAUCUGUGUGAAAAAGCAAAUGGCCUUGCAGAAUGGAGAUGGUUCCUUGAGAACCUUCUACAAAGGGAGCUGUGCAUAGGGAGCCACAACAUCCCAUGUUCAUAGUAAUUGUUCAUCUUAAAGCCUAUGGAAAUAAUCGUGAACAAAGAAGUGUCUUUCUGGAUCGAUAUGGGAUGGUACAGAUGAGGUGAACUGGAAUUGGGUGGGUGACAAAAAUGGUAAGCUCUUUUUGUGAACAUGUAAGCUGUAUCAAGUAUCUGAUGCAGUUCUUGGUAUUGCCGUUUCUUUUUACUCAUAACUAGGGCAAAUAGUACAUUUUAAGUAAUGCUAUAUACAGCUGCUUUUAAGCGUUAGCUGAGCUUUCGCAGAUACUUUGUUGAUGCGCAGUUUUUCCUUUGGACUGCUCACUGUAGCAUCUUUUCCCUAUCUUUGUAGAACAAAGGACAACAGUACAGGGACAAGUUUACUUUUUACAUACACAAACUGGUGUUAGCACAUGGCACGACCCCAGGAUACCAAGGUAUGUAUGGCAGUCUUGAGUUCAUCUGGGUUUGGGCAGGUAGCUGUACCUGUGUUUGGGGGGAAAAAUACACUUCAGAUAGUUCCUUAUAAAACCUCAUACUUAGGGGGAAAAUGUUCUUUCUAUAAAUGUUAGUUAGGGUUUGUUAACCAAAAAUUGAUGCCCUUUAUCGUUCCCCCUCCCCAAGCACCUCAGAGUGCCUCAUGUUUUUUCUAAGAUAAAUGUUAGUGUUAAGCUUAAAUACGUAUGUUUUAAUUGUUCUUUUGCUUUUCAUAGAGACCUUAACAGUGUGAAUUGUGAUGAACUUGGACCUCUACCACCAGGUUGGGAAGUUAGAAGUACAGUGUCGGGAAGAAUAUAUUUUGUAGAUCAUAAUAACAGAACCACACAAUUCACAGACCCAAGACUGCAUCACAUCAUGAAGUAAGAAACCAGUGUGUUGCCAUGUGCUUCUAUGGCUCACAAGCAGAGCAAGCGCAGUGGGGCUGCAUGGGCAAAGAAAAUGUCAGUACUAAAAUAAUUUGUUUUUCCCCAGAGAGGGAUGUUGCAAGCUGAUUCCUUCCAGCAAGGCCAAAUGCUUGAUAAAUGUAGAGUAGAAUCCAAAGAACAACGCAACAUGCAAAUGAGUUUUCACUGUGCCCCUCCCCCACUGCACUACAUUCCAAUUUACUUUUGAAACUGAGAGGGCUUUGAUAUGUGCUGAUAUGUAAUAAUGUAGCCGUCUGCUGCCUGCCCUUGACUGUCAGUGGCUGUUUGGGUCUCUUUCCCAUCCUGUUUAAUUUGAAGGUGCCAGGCUUUGCUAGCCAACCGGGCCCAGGCCUUUAUUUCAUAAAAUUUAUAUACUGCUCAAUUGUAAAAAAACAACAACCCUUCAAACCUUAUAUAUCCCUUUGCCAGUGAGGUUCCCCCGCUUCUAUUAAACAGUUCUCCUGGGCCGCCUUCCACCCAUGCUUAUUGCUUGCUCACCUGCCUGCCAAAUGUGCCUCAAAUUGGAUCGGUGCGGCUGCCUGUUGGUGUUCACGUGAACUGCUACAUGACAACAGCCUUACACACACAUAAACACACCUGUAUCUUCCUAUAUACAUAAAAAUGUGCUCUGCGUGGGUGGGUGGGUCAUUUGAUCUACAUUAUGAACACCUAUGAUGAAGGGAAAGUUUGUUUAAUGCAAACGUUUGCUUCCAUGGUCUCAGACAUAUAUUGGUCUGAUGAAAACCAUUGCUUCAUUUUCAUUUUAGUUUUUGAUUUCUGAAUAGCUGAUCUGAAGUUUCAUUUAACUGCCUGCUUCUGUGUUCCAUAGUGGACCCAGGAGUAUUUGUGCUUUUUGAAAUAAGUACAAAACUGCAUGUCACAUAAUGAAGUAAGAUUUGUUGAGUUUGUUGGCUCCAGUUGUUCAUCAUGUUACAUGAGGGUUUUUGUAGUGGAACUAUAGCUCUAAAAAUGGACCUGGAGAAGCAGUUCCACUACUACAAGUAAAGAAGUACGAAUGCUAAUAUUAUGGAAAUAUAAAAAUAUUUGAUGCAUGUUGCUGUUGUCUUGAAAGCCAAUAUAUGGUAGCAUAAAUGAGUUAAAGCUACCACAGGAGACACAGUUUUAUUUGCUGCAACAGACUAUACCUUUGUGUAAUCAAUUUCCUUAUCUAGUUCUUUAUAAGCUAUGAAAAGUUUGUCUAAUCUUGUUUCCUGAUACUGAUUUCUUUUAUUUCAUAAAAUUUAUACAUCGCUUAUUGUAAAAAAAACCUUCAUUUUUUAAAAAAUAAUAUUUAUUACUUUUCCAAAAAAUUUAAACACUAAAAGAAAAGAAAAACACAUACAAUACAAUACAUUAAACUAACAAAACAAAACAAUGCAACAACAAUAAAAUAAAUCAAAUUUCAUACAAUAUCUUAUAUUUCAUUCUCUUAUUUCCAGCGACUUCCUCACACCUCCCUUUUUGUAUUCCACUUCUAUUAUUUGUUUCAGCAAUUCCUUUCCAUCUUACUCUGUUUUCUGUUCUAUAAUUAUCUUAACACAUUCUUACCAUACUUUUCCUUUAAUUUUCUAUUAAUCUAUUUAUACUUAAUUCCUUAUGACAUUUCUACUAAAGCCAUGUAAUUUCAUUCCAACAUUUUUCUAACAUUCCUUAAUUUUUCAAUAUUUCUAUAAAUAGUCUUUAAACUUUUUCCAAUCUUCUUCCACCAACUCUUCACCCUGGUCUCGGAUCUUGCCAGUCAUUUCCACCAAUUCCCUAUAGUCCAUCAACUUCAUCUGCCAUUGUCCAACACUUCAGUGUUUUCAAGAAGCAACCAUUCUCUCAACCAGCAAAAAGCAGAUGGUUCACAACGAAGUUUAAAGGUCUGGCAGGGCAGGUCCACCUCCUUCUUUAGCAUCCAUCAAUAUCUUAAGUUUGACUCGAGGCUUCCUGCCCUGCCAAACAACUCUAGGAGCAUCCCUCUGCCACCUCCUGAAACCCUCCAUCCCAUCCAGAGCUUGCAAUGUUUGAAACAAAAGCAACAUCCCCAGCAACACAGCAGCCCUCAUCCCCACCACAAUAACUCGGCCCAACAGUAACAACUUCUGAUUUGUCCAUAUUUCCAAAUCCCCCUUCUCUUCAAUCCAACAUCCUUCACAGUUGUCCUUGAGCAGUUUCACAUUUUUGGCGGUCAUACUAACCCCCAAAGACCUCUCUUCAAAAUGGCUUACAAAAAGAAUAAAACAGUAAAAAAAGUUAAUAAACAAUAAUUCAAAGAAUUAAAGCCAGCAGUAACUAAAAACAGAUCAAAACCCGCACCAACGUUCUAGAUACUGAUGUUAAGAGACUAUGUGGCUUCCCACUGUAGUGGCAAUCCUUCCUUCUUCAUUCCCUUUUGAGAGUAAUCUUCUCACCUUUCCCUCCAGUCACCAAUGCCAACUAAAAGAACCCAACCAGCCUUUGCCAGUGCCGAGUGAGGGAUCAUUGGAAGACAGCGAGGAGUUGCCUGCCCAGAGAUACGAGCGAGACUUGGUGCAGAAGCUCAAGCUCCUCAGGCACGAGCUCUCCCUCCAGCAACCCCAAGCUGGCCACUGCCGCAUCGAAGUAUCGAGGGAAGAAAUAUUUGAGGUACGUCGAUCUGUCUCUAAGAUAGUGGGAGGUUUAGCCUUUCCAGUGCAUCUAGGAAAUGGCUAUGGAUUUCUGCAGAUGCAGCUUAUCAUAAAUGCUGCCCCUGUGAGGACUAAAGAUAUAAUGAAAGCCAUUAGAAUGAAUCACAAAGUGAACCUAAUGUCAAAUAAUGUUAAUUUGAGAUAAAAAAUCACUGUUCAGCAUCUAUGAGGAAGGUUUGCCAUUCUAAACACAGCUAAAAUUUCCUGAGGGCUAUGACUUAAGCAGUGGUGCAAGAAGGGCACCUCUAGAUAUUCCCUAGAUAUGUGAAGAGUAGCUACUGUUGAAAAAGUGUUCAUUUCCUGAGAGUAUACUUCUGUUUCUUACUACAGGAAUCAUACCGGCAGAUAAUGAAGAUGAGGCCAAAAGAUCUAAAGAAGAGACUGAUGGUGAAAUUUCGAGGAGAAGAAGGCUUGGAUUAUGGUGGAGUGGCAAGGUGAAAGACAGGUUCUUAAAAUGACAUGUACUGGGCAAAGGAAGCCCUUUGCAGAGACCUCCAAAUAUUGCAGAUAAAAAAAUCAAAGGAACAUUUUAUCAAACCCACGAAUGAUGGCAGCCUUAGCAUGUAAUGCUACAAUUUACCAAGGUUUGGCAUUACAAGGGCCAGCCUUUACAAGCCUUGGGCUUGAUCCAGCAGCAUGGUCCUAUUUGCCCCCUUUCCCCAAGCUGGGCAGGGGGCUGCGCCUCUGCACCUUGUCCCCUCAACAGGCUGGAGCAGCAAGUGACCCCUUCUGCCCCCUGCCCUGCUUAAAAUAAUGGUUGCCUCGUUCCACCCAGGAGAGAUGGCCUCUUAAUAGCUAAUGUGCAAUGUCUGGCAGAAGAGGAAGCCUACUGAGACAGAAAGGUGGGGUGUUAAUAAAUGUAAGCAUUGUUUUUAAAAAUAUUGAAAUAGUAACAAAUCAAGUUUUUGAAUUUCCAGGGAUUCAGAAACAUUAAAAGCCAUGGAGAUGUGAACAUUGACAGCUUCUGCCUUUAAGACAGGUUCUGUGGUGUUUGAAAGCUUGUACGUUCUUGCUCUCCUCCGUAUGUCAUAUUUUAAUGCCAUUGCUCUUCAGAUCAACACAGAAUUAAAGGUUUUAAAAUUUAGUACUUCUUGAUUUUGCCCUCACAUUUGGAAGUUGCGCUUUUUAAUGGUAUGUUUUUUAUGAAAUACUCGGUGGCUCUAGAAUCCAGUGCUUUAUGAAACUGUCUCCUGAAUAACUAGACACACAACAAUCAUUUCCUUCCUUCUAAAUUAAAAAUAAUUUUCGGAAAGAUGCCAGAAAUCAAGAGUCCUAUGUGUUCCUAUAAAAGUAUAUGCCACAAUGUUAGCCUUUAAGGGAGACUUUCUCAAUCUCUGUCCCCAGAUGUUGAAUUACAACUCCUAUCAUCCAUAGCCAGCAGGGGCAGCAGUUAAGGAUGAGGGGAGUGGUAGCCCAACAACAUCUGGGAACCCCAAGUUGAGAAAGGACAACAUAAUAUAUCUGCUUCUCUAAAUUGCUGUAAUAGUUUUUGAAGAUUUUUGCAUCCUCUUUAUCUAACUUGGAUAUAACCCUCUGGCAUCUCAUCUGAGGGUUGCAGUCAAUGUUAGUUUUACUUAGAGUAGACCCAGUGAAAUGGACAUAAUUAAUGUAGGUCCAUUAAUUUCAAUGGAGCUACUGUGAGUAGAGCUUGGACACAAUCUUUUGCAUUGCACUGCUCCUGGUGAUAGGUCUGUGUCUAAUCCAGGGAUCUGAUUGUAAUGCUGAUUCCUCUCUUGCAACUGAGUUGGGAAGCUCUUCCAAGGGCUGAGUGUGCCAGUGACUAAAAUUGCCCUGAGUAAGACUUUUCUUUUGUCUAACUCCAGUGAUACAUUCUCUGAUCUUAAAUUCUCUAGACAAAAUUCUUGUUGUCUGGAGCGCUUCCCGUUUGACCUCUCCCUUGUCAUCACUGGCGUGUUGCAAGAGUUUAUCUUGUCUGUGCUUUAUAUCUGUCUAGACAGUUGCUGAAUGCUCUAGCACAGCCUAUUCAAAUGCCUCCAUUUAGCUUCAGGGGGACCCAUGUUGUGCAAUAAACCCACAUACAGUGUUACCCCAGGUAGAAACUCUCAACAUAUCAUCACAGAAACCAGGCAGUCACCAAAGUAUUUCCAGAAACUAAGUUCCUGUAGAAUUCCCUUUGUUUAGCAGCUUCCUCUUCACCAGUCACAUGAUCAAAACUAUCUGGAGUGUCCUUUUGUAUCCUUUUAGUUGUGUUUACAAGAACAAAUACGCACCCCUGGAUAAAAGUCAUAUUGAAGAAAAUUGUAGAUGUGCCUUAUGGGGAAUAAGAUUUUAUUUUGUGUGUGGAGAGAGAGAGAGAGAGAGAUACAAUGAUUUGGUAAUGUUUACAUUGUUAAGUUUUGAUAACUUGCAUUUCUGAAAAUUACAUGUUAAACAGAACUUACAUUUGGAUUAUCUUGGAGGUGUUGUUUGCAAGUUGCUUUGUAGCAGUCGCUGGCUACAGACAAUUAAAAAAUCUAGAGACAGACACACAAAAGUACAAAAAGAUAUGCAGUACCAUUAUAUUGCUGUCUUCAGCUCUAAUCAAGAUUAUUUUGCUUAAUCAUAUUAGGUAACCAUCCUUCUAUUGAUUUUUAGGAGCUUGCUCUCAUUUUGCUGCCAAAACAAUAUUUUAGAAACGUGUUAAUUUACAGAAUAGAAAACAAACUCUUACCUGACUUCCUAUAUAAACUUAUGUGAGAUUUUAGAGUUGGAAGGGAUCUCGAGGGUCAUGUAGUCCAACCCCCUGCAAUGCAGGAAUCUCAACUAAAGCAUCCUUGACAGUCUUACGUCCAAACCAGCACUUGUGGUUUCAAUCCAAAACAAAUCACUAUCAUUAUCUGGAGCCAAGGUUUGUUCUUGGCUUUCCGGUCAUGACUCAUUUGGAAAGAAACCGUGAGUGCUACUUUGAGCAUAACACUGAGCUAGCUGGUCCAUGGUUGUUUCCCCACAGACUAGCAGAAGUACACAGCAAGGUCUCGCAAGCUGUCUGCACCAGCAUGCAGCUCACGGUCAUUAUGGUUUAAGCAAACGACACAGCUUGACAGAGCCAAUGAAGCCAGCUUUAAAAGAAUGCCUGGUUGUGUCUAAUGGUGCAUUAAUAAAAGGAUACUUGGUUAUGGAAAGUGACCCAAUUUUCUGUCCACUAUAGUCACAUUGAGUGUUAACCAAAGAGUUCUGUGAAACAAAUGAGUGCUUGUACUCUUUUCUUUCCCAGUAGAAGUUGAUCAAAGGAACAGGCUUGUCCUAAUUUGCCUCCUUGUUUAGUCGUUUAGUCGUGUCCGACUCUUCGUGACCCCAUGGACCAGAGCACUCCAGGCACUCCUGUCUUCCACUGCCUCCCGCAGUUUGGUCAGACUCAUGACCAGUUUGGUCAGACUCAAGGAGGCAAAUUUGCCUCCUUACAUUGCACCAAGUCUAGAUUCUCUCCCACCCCCGACCCUCUUUUUUGUAGAAGUCACAAUCUGUAUCAAAUGAGUAAUGGAUCCACACGUUACUGGGUGGGGUAAGCUUUAACUCCACCAUCCAGCCUCUUCCCUAACAUAUGUCUCUUGUCUGGCAGGGAGUGGUUGUACCUUCUGUGCCAUGAAAUGCUGAACCCUUAUUAUGGACUCUUCCAGUACUCCACGGAUAACAUUUAUAUGCUGCAAAUAAAUCCAGACUCCUCUAUCAAUCCUGUAAGUAUUCUAGAAGCAAAGCAGGUGUGUGUAUGCGGCUUAAAUACAGGCUAAUUCUCUGAAACCCUGGUUGUGGUAUAGGGUCCAAACAGCAGCUAAUCUGGUUCCAUGAGACCAGUGUGGCUUUAGAUUAAAACAGCCACUCCCAUGCCAUGUGGCAAAUCACUUUUGUAAUGUGGGAGUUUCAGAAGUAUUUUGAUGUGGCGUCGACUCUCCCAUUCAGGAAGGGAGAUGAAAAUGUUCACCGCUGCAGCAUGCAGACUCUUGGGUAUAUUCAAGUAGCUCUUUGGAUCUCAACCGUAAGCCCUUUGCAGAUGUUCACUAUAUAUUCACAGAGGGAUCCAGCCUCUCACUAUCCCUCACACCCUCACCUGCUGUUUGCACUUUCGAUUUCAUGUUUAGAGCACAUAGGUCCACCCUUUGCAUGCUGCACGCUUGGUUUUGUGAUAUACAAAAUGCACUUUGCUCAGUGUUUAAAUAGGAGCCUUUAUGCAUCAAGUUGAAUGUGCAAACAGUAGGGUGGGCUGGCUUGAUUCUAAUUUCCCAGUGCACAUGCAGUUUGAACCACCUUUGCACAGUCCUGAGAUUUCCCUUGCUUGUGGUAAUAUGUGAGUCUACCUAUCUCUGUUACUUUUUCAGUUAACACCAAAUAGACAAGUGAAGGUAAGUGUGCCUAUCAUAACCGAGGAGAAGCACUGGUGGCUUGUAAUGGACUAAUUUUGUAGAACCUCAACUUACCCAUUAAAGGAAUAAUUAAAACUUUGUUUGUUAAUUACCUUGUCAGUUCCACACUAAACCCUCAUUGCAUAGUUUUGCCCCUUAGAAGAUCCACUGCAUGUUAACAACUUCAAACACACAUACCCACACAUGCCUUGCAGAACUGAUUACAUCUCCAUUCUGUCCAAAACCCAUAUUAUUUUUCAGCCUCACAAAGUUCAGGGUGGUAUUUGGUGCAGAUUGGUUGCCCAGGUAAACAGUUGGUUGCCUGGAAAGAAUUUGGCAAAUUACAACAGUUUUACCCAUAUUUGAUUUCAAACUAAAGGAGGGUAGUUGUAGCUUGAUGAUGAUGAUGAUGAUGAUGAUUAUUUAUUAUUAUUAUUAUUAUUAUUAUUAUUAUUAUUAUUAUUCCCUUGUACACCCUAAGGUCCCAGGGUAGGUUGCAACAAUUUAAAAUACAACAUUAUGCAUUAUGAAUGCAUCAUGUGUUAAUGGCACUGAUAGAAAUGACCUCAUAUAUACUCAUGACAAACUGUCUGUCUUCCUCUAGCCCAAGCAGCACAUGUGUAUUGAAAGCCUUGGGGUUAGCAAGAUUAGCAUAUGUACAAAAACUUUAAGAAAACCUUUGAAGGGGGAUGAGAACGCCCAUACAGAGAAGUGAGUCAUCUCAGUGGCUGCAGAAGGCUCCAUAUCUGUUGUAGGGAGAAUGGAAAGCUUGGGAAGGAGAGUGACAUGGAGUAUCUUAGAAAAGGGCAUAGUUGGUUUUGUUGAACCUUGAAUGGCACAAGCAUAUGCUGUGCUGCAACAUUUUGUUUCAGGUCUCUGUUGUUUUGCAUGGAGAGAGAUUGUACAAUAGCCUUCCCAAGCAAACGUUGAUUGGGCCUAAGUGCCUGCUUUUAAUUGCAUUGGCUCAAGUAGAUUGGCUUUUAACAUGAAUCGCCAUGUUUGUGGCUAAUGAUCUGAUGGUCACAAGCCUGUAGUGCAGUAUGGUAGGACUGUGGUCUCGAGACUGAAUGCAUUUAGUCAGCUGUGUUAAGUAUAUGUAACAUUGAAUUCUGUGCAAAUUGAUUAAUUUCUCAUCCAGAGGGCCUGAGAUCAUUAAGCGAAACUUUCAUUGAACUAGGAAAUGGCUGAAGGCAUAAGUCUAGCCACAAGAUGUCAGCAUUGGGCUUCUCUUCCAGAUAAUGAGUCUCUUCGAUGUUUCUCGUAGGAUCAUCUGUCUUACUUCCACUUUGUUGGUCGGAUAAUGGGUCUGGCUGUGUUCCAUGGACACUACAUCAACGGAGGUUUCACCGUUCCUUUCUACAAACAGCUGCUGGGCAAACCCAUCCAGUUAUCUGAUCUGGAAUCAGUCGACCCAGAACUACACAAGAGUUUAGUUUGGAUUCUGUAAGUAUUGCAUAUGCAGUUGAAAGCUUUUUAAAAAGACUAGGGUGAGGGGAAGCAGCUCCACAUAGUAGGACUUUGCAGCCCCUCAAAGUCACUGUUCGUCUGCAUAGUCCUCUACCAUCGCUUGGGUGUGUAGACCCAUCAGAAUCUCUAGUGUUGUCCAGCAAAACAAAGGUAGAGUUUGAUUGUAAAAUACGCUAGAUCAACUCCUAAUAAAUAGUUUGGAUUCUUCCUGCCAUAAUGUUUACUUAAGAAGAAUGUUUUGUGCGCUCUGGAGAGUACAGAAAUGACUUGCAGUCUUUGCCUUGUUGACAGAGAGAAUGACAUCACUCCGGUUCUGGACCAUACUUUCUGCGUGGAGCACAACGCUUUUGGCAGGAUUCUGCAACAUGAGCUCAAACCAAAUGGAAGAAAUGUUUCUGUUACAGAGGAGAACAAGAAAGAAUAUGUGAGGUACCACCAGAGGAGGUUAAAUGUUAUCUUCUCAUAAUGCAGAGGUGGUGGUGGUCAGUCUCAGUUUCUCUGUCUCUCUCCCCACUCCUUGACUUGCACCAGUUUGUGUGUUCAGAACAUUUCAGUUCUGUAGUGCAACUGUGGGUCAAAGUUAUCCAGUGAUCUCUGUAAUAUGUGUGCUUGUGCGCUACUAGUUGCUGCUGGAGACACCUCAAUUUUUGCCACCUAGUGUCUUCUAUUUGGCUUCGGAAUCUCAUUCUUACGAUAGCCUUGACUAAUGCCACACAGUUGCUGCUGAAGCUGUAGGCCAGAGGUGGUCUUGAUGGGUCUUGCAGUGUAUUUUGCAGAAUACAUUUCUCAUCUUGUACCACUCGGUGUUCUUCUUUGUGGCUGUGCCUUUCAUCUGCUCUGCCUCUUUCUCCCUAUAGUUGUAUGCAGCUUGUUACUAGAAUCAACACAGUAUUUGUAACUGGUCACGGGUGUCCAAAUUGGAUGAUGACUUUACUCAGAUCUGCCUCCUUUAGGCGGUGGGAAUUGGCAGCAUAAUUGGGGCCUGCAGUGCCAUGCAUCUUCCCCAUUUACAUGUUUUAAGAAAGCUGCACUGACACAUGGACCCCAGUGGUGCUGAGAUUGGGCAGGCAUGCUGCCCACCAUGCACAUGGAUGAGAUCCCUGCAAAAAAUAUUGUUUGCUCCUCCCAAAGUAUUCCUCGUUUGGGAGUUCCUGGGAAAAAAAUUGCAACUUCUUGAGUGUACCUAUUUUGCUGCAAGUUAUAUUUCACUUGAAGGCUUCUGCCCUCAGUUCUCACUUUGGAUUCGCUCCCUGUCCCCAGGUUGUACGUUAACUGGCGGUUCAUGAGAGGAAUUGAGGCCCAGUUCCUGGCUCUUCAGAAAGGCUUCAAUGAACUUAUUCCUCAACACCUACUGAAGCCUUUUGACCAGAAGGAGCUUGAGGUAUUGCAUCCUUUUCUCCAUUCAAAUUACGGUGUGGUUCGUGUGUUCCGUUAAGUGCCCUGGGGGGGGGGAAUCCCCCUUUUCAUAUUGAAUGGGACAGUUUUGCCUGAAGCUGCUAGACAAGCUAAGCCUGCUCUUUGCUCCUCACUACUGCUUAAAGAACACUGAUGUUCUACGUACACCCAUCGGAAAAGAUAGUUCAGUGGCUGCUUUUGCACAUCAACAAAAUGCAGGAAAAGGAUAUGCAAACUCCAACCUCCAAAGCUAGACUGAGCUGGGUGAGGACAAAACUAUCUCCCCGGGAUAAGAAAAUGCCCCCAAAACCAGAUGUUGGGGCACUAUUAGGAAAGUGGAACCUUUUUGUAUUGGCUGACAUACCUUCAUGAUCUCCAGGUGUGCAUAGCAAUUUGAUGGCUUUGAGUGGUCGACUCACCUCAUUGUCAAUACAGAUUAACCAAACAGCUAUUUUUUGUGACCUAUUCUUUAUUUAAAAAUUAUUGAUCACUUAGGAAGAUCCACUGGGUCAAAACGUUUCUGAUCUCAAGGCAGUAUCUAUUUUUCAUUUAUCACAGCAGUUUGAUGUUCAGUUAUUAUUGUAGAUUGGUGGUAUUACUUGUAUUUUAGUAAUAGUUGGAUGGUGCCAUGUACGCCUUCUUCCAGCAACUCCUGCAGCCAAGCUGGUGCCAAAUGUAUUGCUCUGCUUUCCUUUGGACCACAUCAGUGAGGCCAAGAGCGGAGUCUUCUUGUUUGGCCAGCCCAGAAUCCCCAGACACACUGCCCAAGCUUGUGCCCUGGGAAAGUUGCUUAGGUGCUGCUAAUACAGUGGUUUGACUUCACCCCCCAAAGCGCCCCCUAUUCUCUCUUGAGAUAAAUGGAUGUCAACAACAAUACAACAACAAGUAAUCAGCACAUAAAAGGUUUGGCCAGUCCUAUAUCCAGGAGGAAAUGAAAUUCAAAAACCUAGGAAAGACACUUAACUGUGGAAUUAAAUGGUGUGCAUAGUGGAUACAGAGAUUUCUGUUUGUGUGUAAAAGGUAAAGGUAAAGGUACCUCUGACCGUUAGAUCCAGUCGCAAACGACUCUGGGGUUGCGGCGCUCAUCUCGCUCUACAGGCCGAGGAGCCAGCAUUUGUCCGCAGAAAGUUUUUCCGGGUCAUGUGGCCAGCAUGACUCAGCCGCUUCUGGCAAACCAGAGCAGCACACGGAAACGGCAUUUACCCUCCCUCCGGAGUGGUACCUAUUUAUCUACUUGCACUUUGACAUGCUUUUAAACUGCUAGGUUGGCAGGAGCUGGGACCGAGCAACGGGAGCUCACUCUGUCGCGGGGAUUCGAACCGCCAACCUUCUGAUCGGCAAGUCCUAGGCUCUGUGGUUUAACCCACAGCACCACCCGCGUCCAAGUUGUAAAUACUUGUGCACUCUGCGGCAGAAGGUGUGAAUGUGUGACUCCUGAUUUGUACGGUGCCUUUCCACACACAGAGAGAACAGUAUAUCACAGAAUCAACAGUCGCAUGACAAUUUCACAAAGCAGAAAUAAUAAAAGAGCAACACAGUAGCCAGUAAAACAGCAUACAGCUCGCCCACCCACCCAUAUUUCAAAUCUAUAAACGUUCUGCCCCUUACAUUGUGUAUUUCUGAUCCAUCAGCUCAUCAUAGGUGGCUUGGAUAAGAUUGACUUGAAUGACUGGAAGUCCAACACACGCCUGAAGCACUGCAUGGGAGACAGCAAUAUUGUCAAGUGGUUCUGGCAAGCGGUGGAAGCCUUUGAUGAGGAGAGAAGGGCCAGGCUGCUGCAGUUUGUGACGGGCUCCACGCGGGUUCCCCUCCAGGGUUUCAAGGCUUUGCAAGGUGACUGAUAGGGGUGCUGAGUUAGCACGCUUGUGCAGAGCGCUGCCCAUGGCGCGCCCAGUUAACCUGCCACCAGUUCCUCCUUGAUGAUUCUGCCCUUUGUUAGCUAUACUAUGAAUUGUUCCAUCUGUAACACAUGGAAUUGCCUUAUAUUGGAUUCAGUCCGUUGGUACCUCUAGUCCGGUACAUUCUGCUCAUAACAGGCAGCAACUUUCCAGUGUCUUGGGCAAAGGGUGUGUGUGCUCACUCCCAUUUCCUUUCUCUCUAGACUCGGUGGCCUGUGUGUAUGUGUGCACAUGCACACCUCUGUGCUUAGGAUCUGUGACUUCCCAAUCUCUGCCUCGCUGCUGUCAGGGUUUAUACGUGUCAGAAAUGACUAGUGUGCUCAUAGUUGUGUUUUUGAAGGGCCUUAACUAGAAUGUCUGUUUGCAAGGUUCUACAGGCGCCGCAGGACCCAGGCUCUUCACUAUCCACCUGAUAGAUGCAAAUACAGACAACCUUCCAAAAGCUCAUACUUGGUAAGGCUGCUUUUCUGCCCACCCAGCUGUGGUGAAGUGUGCCUGUGCGAAUGUGCCCUCAAGUCUGCCCAGAUGAAACAGCAAAGCUUUACCAAAAGUAAAUUGUGUUGUAGUGAUGUUUGGUGUACAUCUAGAAACUUAAGGGAAAACCUUCCCUUGUUAUUAGGUGGUUGGAAUGAAAGUUAAAGAGUGAUUAGAGCUAUUUUGGUCAAAGUUAAAUCAUACUCACAUACAGCAAAGUACUGUUAAAACAUUCAUGAAUGGUGGAGGCAGCAGUCUAUGGAUUCUAAAUGUUUUUAAUUCCAUGUUUUAUAUGGCACAGUAGAAAAAAGAAUCAAUUAAUGUUGGAAGCUGUAUGAGCAAAGACCCCAAUCAGCUAAUUACACCCAUGUUUUGACUGUUUGCAGAUGUAAGGGCCGAAGUAAAUGAUGCAUGUUAAUGCUUGUGGCAGCUAAUCCUCUGUUUUUUAAUAAAAAUAGGCUGCUUUGAACAAGCCCAAUUUAGAAUGGAGAAGCAGCCACGUGCUAGAAAGGGUGCCUCGCUUUCUCCUCACUGUCCGCCUUUCUGCUCCAAAGCCACCUCUCCUCUCCCUCCCACCCCCACUGCUUUGCACCCAUGGGACUUGUAGUCCCAAACUUCCCAUUGGCACCAGGUUGGGGGAGGCAGCCACACUGUAGAGAAAACAGCAAGCUCCCAUUGGAAGCAAACAUGCUGCCCUGUUUACUGCUGGCUGGCUUCUCAUUGGGCCAUCAGCUGUUUCAAUUUAUGUGAUCCCGGAAAUGCUUUGAAAUAAUGUAUUAGUGAAGGUUGUCAUCUUUCCUGGCAAACUAUUAACUGCUAAACAUUAGAAAAAGCCAGAAUUCUGUUACAGUUCCUCGUAGCAAUACAGCAGAUACAAAUGGCCAAACCAAAACACCAGCCUGAAGAGUUGCAUUUUGAGCUGGUGUCAGCAGGGCCCUAACGCCAAUCUCUUGCCUUCUGCAGCUUUAACCGAAUUGACAUUCCGCCUUAUGAGUCCUACGAGAAGCUUUAUGAGAAGCUGCUGACAGCUGUGGAAGAGACAUGUGGGUUUGCAGUGGAGUGAUUGGGCAACCAAAGGAAACAGAUACUACUAGCUCAUGGACCACCAAAUCAAAAAGCUGUAAGAAGAAGCUUGCUGUGAACUUCUUUUGUCCAAAGCAUUGCGACGCUUGACAACUGGGGGAGUGGAGGCUGCUUCCUCUCCUUCCUUCCUGUGGUGGUGUUGGGGGGGGGGGCUUUUGUUGGGGGUUCCCAACCAUACUUUUCUCCCCUUUGUUACAAAAAUUCCCCCUCCCCAUUUUUUUCCCCAUGUCCCAUGAAACAAAAGGCAGCCAGGUUCAGCAUUUGGUUUUGGUUACCCAAGAUAUUCUGCUAGACUCGUAACACAUAUUGUGAUAAGGUCAAUGACCUGUGGUCUUUUUUUAUAGGAGUAUCAAACUGUAGUUGAGUAUCUUGAGAUUGGUUUGCUGAGGACUUUUCAACUGGUAGGUGUAUCUGGAUGUUUUGUCUUAAUGCAGUCCUGAGCCCUUGUAGCAUCCAGAAGCAUCCUAUGGAAAUGAGACUGGCACCGGGAUUCCAAAUUGCACAUUUCAGAAUACCCAUUAAAGAACAGUUAGCAGGAAACGGCUCCGUAGGUGCAGACAGCUGAAGGUUAUUCCUUGAGAGGGAGCUUUUUGUCCAAAUGUGGUGGCUUGGCUCUUAAGAGAGAGGAACCCAGAGGAGUCCAAGCCAUCUUGAAUUGGGAGGUAAGUUUUCAUUCUGGAUGCUUUGUACAUGAGACAGAUUUGUUCUGUGGACUUGCUUCCCCUUCUGUGUGUGAUUGAAGGCUUGUGUUAGAGAAUGUGGCAGUGGGGAAUGGGCCACAUUGUCAGCAGCCUGAAAAAGUUUUCUCCUGACAUUGUUUUUUCAGAUUCUUUUUUUUUUUUUACUUGAAACUGCAUAAAUUCUUUUAAGAGGAAAUAGCUAAAAGCAAAACUAAUGGAACCAAGUUCCGUCGUUGAGCCACUGGGAGUGGAAAAUGGCUCUGUUGAAAGAUGAAUAUAUAAUAAAGAUCUAACACAGGGGUUUUAAGCCUACAGAUACUGAGUAACCCAGAGUGCUGCUUUCAAACUCUUCUCCACCCUGACUUUCAUAUAUCUGAAGCUAAUGUUCAAGGUUGGUGUCAAGUGAUUGGUUUCACACAGCUUCUCAGAUGCAGGAGAAUCAACCCUGUUGGGUUAACCAAAUCAAACAGGUUUUUCAGUUUCCACAACAAGAAACAAGGCAGUGUUUUUAACAACAUAACAUUUUCUUGGCAAAAAGGUCAACUAGUAAUCAGUUGUGAUUCAGUUCAUAAGACUCCCCCCCCCAAUAUGUAUAUUAAAAUUGUUUUAAGCAAAGAUGCAUAUUAACUGUUACUUUGGACAAGUAAGGACAUUGGGGUUCAGCCAUGGGUCAAAUGGUUCUUUUACCUACAAGGAUAUUUCUGUUGUUCAUUUUUAUUUUUAAAACAUUGAAUUUGAUAAUAGCUUUAAACUGUGAUAUGACAGAUUUAAGUUAGAUAUCUGUCAGAGUCCUAAAAUCUUUCUUUCCUGUUGUUAACCGUAUUUUUUUUUUUGUGAUGGACACAUGAGGAUUAUAUUUGAGAAAGGAAUUCUUUUUAUUUUGUGUUUUUUGCACCAUGUGGCUAAGUGUUGGAUUUUUUAGGUGAGCUAAGGUUUAACUUGAAAUUGCCUUUUGAAUCCAGGCGCACUUAAGGGACCAGUUAGCUACAGCUAAGUUAUUUAGGAAGGGAAGUGUAUCAAGGAGGUUUGAGGGAUUUUGGAUUCACAUAUUUGGUUAAGCAUCUUUGUAGUACUCUGGAUAAUAGAAAUCUCAUGAUCUUGCCAAAUGUCUGUGGAGAUCAGAUGUUGUUAUUGGACCCAUUAGCCCUGUCAGUGGAAUUUGAAUGCACAAGGUUUCGUAGAGAUAGGAACGUCACACGAAAAGGUUUUCACAAGUCAUUUCCAUGCAAAUCUGAGGUGGUGGAAGUGAAAGGUCUUCCCUGAGCACAGAGGCUGAACAGGUUGCCCAUGUGAGAUUAGCAACAGUUAGCAAUGGCGACUGUUCACCUGGAGGUGAAUCUUAAUGUGACUCUUGCCAUGUGGUUUCAGCUUCUGUGCGGUUGGAACCCACACCAUGCCAACAACAUUUGAGAUGGAGAAGUAAGCGAGCAGGUGGCCACAGAUGUGGCAGGCAUGCUCCGAGGGCAGCAUGAGCAUUGGCCCCGAGUCCGUGUUCAGGCCCUGAGCACAUGGCACCUCUGUGAUAAUUGUGCAGAAGAUUGGGGGACUUCUAUCUCCAGGAUAUUCUUUACAUUUCCCAUUUUGUGUCACUGUUCCAACACCCAAGAGCCCAAACAGACUGUUUGCUGCAUCUUAACUUGAGGCAGCAGCAGCAGCAGCAGCAGCAGGGAUCAAAAGAAAAAAGUAGACCAAAGGUUUUUUUCCCCAGGGUGCUGGCUAGAGCGGCACAGACCACUUGCUUCUGCUCAGGCUGAAAUUUCCACAUCUCCUCCCUGAACAAGAGAGGGUAUAAAAUAUAAGUGGGAAAGUGGGAUUCUUGCUGCUACAAUCUGCUGAGCUUCAGCACAGUCUUUGCUGAAAGCUUUUUAGCAGUCAAACCAUCCAAAGGACACACAACAGACUUGAUGGUUUUAUAUUUUCCCUGCAGUGGUCUCUUGCUAGAUUCAGGCCCUCCAGGCUUGCAGCAAGUCCGUGGAAGUCUACCUAAGGCAGAUGGAGGUGGUGAAGGGAACAGGAAGUUUCCUGCUCUUACAUAACUGACUUGCCGCCAGUAUACCUUUCACCUCUCCCCCAUGCAGGAGGUGGUGAAAGGGCUAUUUCAGUUGAGACAGAGGAACAAGAGCAGGGCUAUGUGCUUCCUCUUCCCCCAAGCAGCUUAUCACAUCCAAAGUCUCCUUUAAUCUAAAAUCUCCAGUAUGUCUAGCAGUGUAGGCCAGUGAUGCAAAUCUGGUUGUUUGUUUGUUUGUUUGCUCUUUUGUUUAGUUGCCCUGAAAUGCAUCAUCCUUCGUUUAUGCACUCAGGGAUGUAGGAAAUUGCCACUCCUUUUGUGUUACGAAUUGGAAAGGUAUGAGUGAGUAGCCCAAGGUCUAACCUUGACAUAUUGGAGCAACUUUUUGUUUCUGAAGAGGCUGCUUGUUCAGCAUGGGGUGUGGUUUAUGAAACCUCAGCUAUCAUUCAGACGCCUCUUUCCCCCACUUCCUUAGUCCAUUGCCCAGUAUACUACACUGUAGAGCACAGAAAGUUUUCCAGAAAUGCAGUACAUAUUUGUUCUUACUCAGUUAACUUUUUUUUUUGUUCCUCAACCACUUUAUAAUGUAUUUUUUAACUUAUUAUUUUGUAACGUCUUGUUUUUAAGUAUUGCUGCUACUCCUUGUUACUCUUCUCACCAUUUUUAUUGCGAAUUUUAUUUUGUGAAAAAGUUGUACACUAAUGUUCUUCAUUUUAUGUCUAAAUCAAAGUAUUUAAAGAAAUACUAGUUCUAUUUAACGUGGUUAUGGAGCCAGCUGGAAUAAACCGUGAUUGUAUAGCAGGCUGGGCCCAGGAGGUCAUGUUCAUUUUUGUUACAUAUGCAAUAAACUCUCACAACUUUAAAUUUGUGUAAAA